AUGGUGAUAAGGCAAUGCCAGCAGUGUGCCCAGGCUGACAUUAACAUGGUAAUAAAGCAAUGCCAGCAGUGUGCCCAGGCUGACAUUAACAUGGUGAUAAGGCAGUGCCAGCAGUGUGCCCAGGCUGACAUUAACAUGGUGAUAAAGCAAUGCCAUCAGUGUGCCCAGGCUGACAUUAACAUGGUGAUAAGGCACUGCCAGCAGUGUGCCCAGGCUAUUAACAUGGUGAUAAAGCAAUGCCAGCAGUGUGCCCAGGCUGACAUUAACAUGGUAAUAAAGCAGUGCCAGCAGUGUGCCCAGGCUGACAUUAACAUGGUGAUAAGGCAGUGCCAGCAGUGUGCCCAGACUGACAUUAACAUGGUAAUAAAGCAGUGCCAGCAGUGUGCCCAGGCUGACAUUAACAUGGUAAUAAAGCAGUGCCAGCAGUGUGCCCAGGCUGACAUUAACAUGGUGAUAAGGCAGUGCCAGCAGUGUGCCCAGGCUGACAUUAACAUGGUGAUAAGGCAGUGCCAGCAGUGUGCCCAGACUGACAUUAACAUGGUGAUAAAGCAAUGCCAGCAGUGUGCCCAGGCUGACAUUAACAUGGUAAUAAAGCAGUGCCAGCAGUGUGCUCAGGCUGACAUUAACAUGGUGAUAAAGCAGUGCCAGCAGUGUGCCCAGGCUGACAUUAACAUGGUAAUAAAGCAGUGCCAGCAGUGUGCUCAGGCUGACAUUAACAUGGUGAUAAGGCAGUGCCAGCAGUGUGCCCAGGCUGAUAUUAACAUGGUAAUAAAGCAGUGCCAGCAGUGUGCUCAGGCUGACAUUAACAUGGUGAUAAAGCAGUGCCAGCAGUGUGCCCAGGCUGACAUUAACAUGGUAAUAAAGCAGUGCCAGCAGUGUGCUCAGGCUGACAUUAACAUGGUGAUAAGGCAGUGCCAGCAGUGUGCCCAGGCUGAUAUUAACAUGGUAAUAAAGCAGUGCCAGCAGUGUGCUCAGGCUGACAUUAACAUGGUGAUAAGGCAGUGCCAGCAGUGUGCCCAGGCUGACAUUAACAUGGUAAUAAAGCAGUGCCAGCAGUGUGCUCAGGCUGACAUUAACAUGGUAAUAAAGCAAUGCCAGCAGUGUGCUCAGGCUGACAUUAACAUGGUAAUAAAGCAGUGCCAGCAGUGUGCUCAGGCUGCACUCAGUGACCUCCCCCACCCGCCCAUGGUGAGUUAGGACUGUACAGACACACACAGAACACAUUGCUGACAGCGGGAGCACUGAUCCCGUGCACUGAGCCUAGGGGGCGCUCUUAUUCCCAAACAUUCACCGGACUCACCACUGCGCGUGCCCAGCGCGCGCUCCCGCCGUUGCAUAGCAACCGGACCCAACAUUGCGGAGUGCGGGAUCGGGCAGAGUGCGGCAGGUGAGCGGGGGGGGGGAGGAAUUAGUAAGGAGGGUCUCUGAAAUACAUGUCUGGCAUCGAGCCGAGCUAUGUAACGCAAUGUGUGCUUCCUUCUACCUUUAUAUAUAGCACGAACUGUGUUAUAUCGCCAUACUGUGUGUCCAUACAGUGUAUAUCGCCAUACUGUGUGUCCAUACAGUGUAUAUCGCUAUAUCGUGUGUUCAUACAGUGUAUAUCGCCAUACUGUGUGUCCAUACAGUGUAUAUCGCCAUACUGUGUGUUCAUACAGUGUAUAUCGCUAUAUCGUGUGUUCAUACAGUGUAUAUCGCUAUACUGUGCGUUCAUACAGUGUAUAUCGCUAUAUCGUGUGUUCAUACAGUGUAUAUCGCCAUACUGUGUGUCCAUACAGUGUAUAUCGCUAUAUCGUGUGUUCAUACAGUGUAUAUCGCCAUACUGUGUGUUCAUACAGUGUAUAUCGCCAUACUGUGUGUCCAUACAGUGUAUAUCGCUAUAUCGUGUGUUCAUACAGUGUAUAUCGCCAUACUGUGUGUUCAUACAGUGUAUAUCGCCAUACUGUGUGUUCAUACAGUGUAUAUCGCUAUACUGUGCGUUCAUACAGUGUAUAUCGCUAUAUCGUGUGUUCAUACAGUGUAUAUCGCCAUACUGUGUGUCCAUACAGUGUAUAUCGCUAUAUCGUGUGUUCAUACAGUGUAUAUCGCCAUACUGUGUGUUCAUACAGUGUAUAUCGCCAUACUGUGUGUCCAUACAGUGUAUAUCGCUAUAUCGUGUGUUCAUACAGUGUAUAUCGCCAUACUGUGUGUUCAUACAGUGUAUAUCGCCAUACUGUGUGUUCAUACAGUGUAUAUCGCUAUACUGUGCGUUCAUACAGUGUGUAUCGCCAUACUGUGUGUUCAUACAGUGUAUAUCGCUAUAUCGUGUGUUCAUACAGUGUAUAUCGCCAUACUGUGUGUUCAUACAGUGUAUAUCGCUAUACUGUGUGUUCAUACAGUGUAUAUCGCCAUACUGUGUGUUCAUACAGUGUAUAUCGCUAUACUGUGUGUUCAUACAGUGUAUAUCGCCAUACUGUGCGUUCAUACAGUGUGUAUCGCUAUACUGUGUGUUCAUACAGUGUAUAUCGCCAUACUGUGCGUUCAUACAGUGUGUAUCGCUAUACUGUGUGUUCAUACAGUGUAUAUCGCCAUACUGUGCGUUCAUACAGUGUAUAUCGCUAUACUGUGUGUUCAUACAGUGUAUAUCGCCAUACUGUGCGUUCAUACAGUGUGUAUCGCUAUACUGUGUGUUCAUACAGUGUAUAUCGCCAUACUGUGUGUUCAUACAGUGUGUAUCGCUAUACUGUGUGUUCAUACAGUGUAUAUCGCCAUACUGUGCGUUCAUACAGUGUGUAUCGCUAUACUGUGUGUUCAUACAGUGUAUAUCUCUAUACUGUGCGUUCAUACAGUGUAUAUCGCUAUACUGUGCGUUCAUACAGUGUAUAUCUCUAUACUGUGCGUUCAUACAGUUUAUAUCGCUAUACUGUGCGCUCAUACAGUGUAUAUCUCUAUACUGUGCGUUCAUACAGUGUAUAUCGCUAUACUGUGUGUUCAUACAGUGUAUAUGACUUUAAUAUGUGUUCAUACAGUGUAUAUCACUAUAAUAUGUGUUCAUACAGUGUAUAUCACUAUAAUGUGUGUUCAUACAGUGUAUAUCACUAUAAUUUGUGUUCAUACAGUGUAUAUCACUAUAAAAUGUGUUCAUACAGUGUAUAUCACUUUAAUAUGUGUUCAUACAGUGCAUAUCACUAUAAUAUGUGUUCAUACAGUGUAUAUCACUAUAAUAUGUGUUCAUACAGUGUAUAUCACUAUGUGUUCAUACAGUGUAUAUCACUAUGUGUUCAUACAGUGUAUAUCACUUUAAUGUGUGUUCAUACAGUGUAUAUCACUAUAAUAUGUGUUCAUACAGUGUAUAUCACUUUAAUGUGUGUUCAUACAGUGUAUAUCACUUUAAUGAGUGUUCAUACAGUGUAUAUGUCUUUAAAGUGUAUAUCACUUUAAUGUGUGUUCAUACAGUGGAUAUCACUUUAAUGAGUGUUCAUACAAUGUAUAUCACUUUAAUGUGUGUUCAUACAAUGUAUAUCACUUUAAUUUGUGUUCAUAUAGUGUAUAUCACUUUAAUGAGUGUUCAUAUAGUGUAUAUCAUUUUAAUGUGUGUUCAUUAGUGUAUAUCAUUUUAAUGUGUUCAUAAGUGUAUAUCACUUUAAUGAGUGUUCAUACAGUCACUUUCCCUGCACAGAUAACUUACACACAGUACAGCAAGUGUAAAAAGACUGUCUGUCUACCUGUCCAUCUUUCUGUCAUUCCCUGCCUACGUUAAAGGAACAGUAUAGUGUCAGGAACACAAACAUGUAUUCCUGACACUAUAGUUUUUAACUAUUUGGGUGUUUGCCCCUACCCUAGAGAUGUCACAAGGCAGCAAUGUAAACAUUGCCUGUUCUCUGAAAAGGCAAUAUUUACAUUCAAAUGCUUUCAGGGACAUGCUAUAGACACUAGAACCACUGCAUUAAGCUAUGGUGAUUCUGGUGACUAUAGCGUCCCUUUAACUGUGUGUCUCGCUGUCUGUCUCACUGUUCUGUUUGUACAACUAUCUAUAUUUAUUUUCUCUUGUGGAAAAGGCAAUGAUCCAUGAAUUUGACACAUUUUGCCUAUGUUUCUACCAUAAGUGAGUGCAGCCGAAAUCCGGAUCCAAAUUAUUCAAAUCUGGGCUCGGAUUUAAAAAAAUCUGAACUAGCAGCCAGCAGGCAAAUAGAUAAAAUCCCUCAGCGCUGCUAGAGUUAAUUAUGUGGUGACUGGUCAGUGCUUGCUAGCCAGCCGUCACCAGUUGCGGACUUAGCAGGCGGGCACUUCGGACAUUGUCCGAGGGCCCUGCUGAGGAAGGGGGCACGCCCCUCCAGUCACUGUGUGUGUGGCAUUAUCACACACACAACUAAAUUUACGCCAGCUGUUCGUGUCCGACACGCUAUAACUGCGGCGUCCUUGGGCCUGGUCCGCCCCUGGUUACCUGGUAGCAAAAGUGGGACACAGGGAGCUGAUGAUGAGUUUGGCCCAGCGAGUGGAGGUGUGUGACGUUAAUGUGCACCGCCUGCACAGGUCGCAACAAAGCGAAACAAAAAAUAUAAUAUUUCAAUAAUUAGGGGCCCAGUUAGACGGAGCAGCACUUUAUCACCAUGAAUGGGCCCCUGCUCUGUGCAAUGUUGCGGUGCUGCUUACCAACAAGCCGAGAAAGGAGGAAGCCAGGAUCUGAGGUGUUUGAGCCUGGACCAGACUCCCAUCACACUCAGCCAGAUGUCUCUGCACCCCAGGGAAACCACCCUCCUGCACAAAAAAUGUAUGGAAGCAGGGAGAGAUCUGCGUGUUAGUCUGUGUCUGUGUAUCUGUUUGUCUCUGUAUUUGUGUGUGUGUAUUUCUAUGUAUGUUAGUAUGUAUCUGUUUAUCUGUAUUUGAAUUAGUGUGUAUCUGUAUGUGUGAUAGUGUGUGCCUGUGUAUCUGUUUAUCUGUAUGUGUGUGUCUAUGUAUUUCUAUGUAUGUUAGUGUGUAUCUGUAUAUGUGUUAUUGUGUGUCUGUGUAAUAGUGUGUGCCUGUGUAUCUGUAUGUGUGUUAGUGUGUGUCUGUUUAUCUGUAUGUAUGUGUCUAUGUAUCUGUGUAUUAGUGUGUGUCUGUUUGUCUGUGUAUCUGUAUGUGUUUUAGUGUGUGUCUGUGUACAUCUGUUUUUAAAAAUUUAUUACUGGCAUUUAUAAAGUGCCAACAUAUUCCGCAGCCCUGUACAAUUGGGAAAGACAACACAAUAAGCACAGACCGACACAACAGAUAGAGGGCUCUGCCCGUGAGCUUAUAAUCUAAAGGUUAAAUGGAUACUCCAGGCACCCAGGCAUCUCAGCAGCCAAACUCCAACACUUCACACAAAUACACCCCUGCAUUCAAACAACAACACAACAUACAGAUACACUCCUACAUUCAAAGGUAAACACUAUACACUGCUUUCAAAUGUCAAUAGUACAUAAAAACACAUAAUACUGCACACAAAUAGACUCCUAUGUUCACACACACAUACUCUGUUCAAAAACAUGCUUACAUGCAAACAUACAGUGCUCAGUGCUAAUUAUAAUGCUGCAAGGAUGGGCAAAUGGUAGAUACCCAGCUGGCAAAGCAUUGUCGGGGUUGUAAGACAAGUGGGGAUCUACCUUUUUUUUUCCAUCCUUAAAGUGGGGGGCUCAACAAAAAUUCUUGCACCAAGGCCCUCUCUACUUAAGUUCCACCAUUGAGGGCCAUGUAGAUUAUCAACCUAAAAAAUGCUACAGAUUGAAAACAUUCAUAAAGCAACCAGGGGCAUAGAUAUUAAGGGCAAACUUAAAGGCACUCUACAGUUCUCAGAACAACUAUGGCUUAAUGUAGUUGUUCUGACCUGUCAGGGCCGUCUUUAACGCGGGGCAAACGGGGCAGCUGCCCCGGGCCCUGUCCCUGCUGGGGGGCCCGAGGUAACUGCCCUGUUUGCCCUCUGCCCGCAAACUAUGGGGGCCCAUCGGGUGGCCCAUGCACUUAGGGCCACCCGGUGGGCCUGUGUCAGCAGGGGCCCGGUCGGGCGCUGUGGCGCUUUAACAGCGCGACCGGGCCCUUGCUUUUCGGCAGCAGUGGGAGGAAGUGACAGCCGUGCGUCACUUCCUCCCACAGAAACUGGAGCCGCGCGGGAGGAAGGCGGACCAGCUGUUCCGGAGGGGGCCAGGCCGGGAGAGCUUAACUCCCAGCCACCCCAGCCAGCCCACUGGACCCCAGGGAAGCCACCCUCCAGGACAAGGUAAGAAACUGGAGGGUGGUUAUCAAAGUCUGUCAGUGUAUCUGUAUGUCUGGAUGUGUGUUUGUCUGUCAGUGUCUGUGUGGUUCAGUAUGUCUGUAUGUGUGUAUGUCUGUCAGUGUGUCAGUAUGUCUGUGUGUGAGUCUGUCAGUGUCUGUGGUUCAGUGUGUAUGUGUGUUUCAGUAUGGCUGUCUGUGUAUGUCAAAAUGUCUGGAUGUGUGUUUGUCAGUGUGGUUCAGUAUGUCUGUAUGUGUGUAUGUCUGUCAGUGUGUCAGUAUGUCUGUGUGUGAGUCUGUCAGUGUCUGUGGUUCAGUGUGUAUGUGUGUUUCAGUAUGGCUGUCUGUGUAUGUCAAAAUGUCUGGAUGUGUUUGUCUGUCAGUGUCUGUGGGUAUGUGUGUUUCAGCAUGUCUGUCUGUCUGUAUGUGUGUUUCAGCAUGUCUGUCUGUCUGUCUGUGUGCCAGAAUGUCUGUCUGUGCCAGUAUGUCUGUCAGUAUGUCUGUGUGUGAGUCUGUCAGUGUCUGUGGUUCAGUGUGUAUGUGUGUUUCAGUAUGGCUGUCUGUGUAUGUCAAAAUGUCUGGAUGUGUGUUUGUCAGUGUGGUUCAGUAUGUCUGUAUGUGUGUAUGUCUGUCAGUGUGUCAGUAUGUCUGUGUGUGAGUCUAUCAGUGUCUGUGGUUCAGUGUGUAUGUGUGUUUCAGUAUGGCUGUCUGUGUAUGUCAAAAUGUCUGGAUGUGUGUUUGUCUGUCAGUGUCUGUGUGUAUGUGUGUUUCAGCAUGUCUGUCUGUCUGUAUGUGUGUUUCAGCAUGUCUGUCUGUCUGUGUGCCAGUAUGUCUGUCGUGUGUCAGUAUGUCUGUGUGAGUCUGUCAGUGUCUGUGUGUUUCAGUAUGGCUGUCUGUGAGUUUCAAAAUGUCUGUAUGUGUGUAUAUCUGUCAGUGUCUGUGUGUUUCAGUCUGUCUGUGUGUGUGCCAGAAUGUGUGUAUGUCUGUCAGUAUGUCUAUGUGUGAGUCUGUCAGUGUGGUUCUGUAUGUCUGUGUUUGUCAAUAUGUCUGUCAGUGUCUGUGUGUAUGUGUGUUUCAGUAUGUCCGUCUGUCUGUGUGCCAGUACGUCUGUCAGUGUAUCUGUAUGUCUGUGUGUGUGAGAGUCCAUCAGUGUCUGUGUGGUUCAGUAUGUCUUUGUGUAUGUGUGUUUCAGUAUGGUUUUCUGUGUGUGAGUCUGUGUCAGUACGUCUGUCAGAAUGUGUCUCUGUAUCUGUAUGUUGUCCAUUUGUAUUUGUGUGUGUAUCUGUAUGUGUUAGUGUUUGUAUCUGUAUAUCUGCAUGUGUGUCAGGUUGUGUAUCUGUGUGUCUGUCUGUCUGUGUGUGUGUCGGUGUAUCUAUAAGUAGUCAGUGUGUGUACCUUUGUAUCUGCAUGUAUGUCAGUGUUUGUAUCUGUGUGUGUGUCAGUGUAUCUAUAUGUAGUCUGUGUGUAUCUGUAUGUUCUUGUGUGUUUCUAUAUGUGGUCAGUGUGUAUCUGCAUGUGUGUCAGGUAGUGUAUUUGUGUGUAUCUAGACGUAGUCAGGGGGCCCAAGUAAAUGCUCGCCCAGGGUCCAAUCUAAAUUAAAGACGGCCCUGUGACCUGUAUAGCAUGUCUCUGUAAACUUUUUCAUUUUUACGCUGCCUUUUCAGAGAAAACUAACAGUCACUCAGAUUUCCUCUAGAGAUGCUUCGUGGAUUAGUGCUGCAAACAUUUUGCAUUUAGAUGCUGGAAGCUCCACAUAGAGAUGCAUUGAUUUAGUUCAUGUCUAUGAGGAGAUGCUAACUGUCGCAGCACAGCGUUUUGUCGCAUAUGUGCAAUAGCCUCCCAAUGCUUUCCUAUGGAGAGAUUGUUACAUUUGAUAAUCUUAGCCAUGGAGGCAGAGCCAGCUGUAAAAGUAAAAUUACUUUUUAAUUGGAGUUAAGGGGGGGAUGGGGACCUUAAAUGUGUUCUUACAACUAUAGUGUCAGGAAUAAGGUUGUAUUCCUGACACUAUAGUGUUCAUUUAACAUCUUACACACCAUAUGCUUAUGCAACAAAUAUAGUAUUUCAUUUGCACUAAAGCUUUACUGUUAUAACAGCCCCUAUCCCCUAUGAAACCACUAACCACCCAACCCCCUCACUGCAUUCUCUAUCCCCCAAUUACAUCCCGUAUACUCACUACAGCCUUUCAUCCCUCACUACAACUUCUAUACCACCAGUACCGCCCCUACCACUCACUACAGCUAAUGUUCCCCUAUUAGAGCCCCUGUUCCCCACUACAGUCCCUAACCGCCACACUACAGUCUCUAUCCCCAAUUACAACCCCUAUACCACACAACCACUUUUCUCCACCCACUACAACCACUACAUCCUAUUAAAGCCCCUGUCGCCCAUUAGAGCCCUUUUCUCACCACUACAGUCCCAGUCUCUCACGCUACGGCUCCUGGUCCCCACUGCAGAUCCCACCACCCCACAUAACCUUUUCUGUAACUCAAGGAUGUAAAUGUGGGCAUGAUGUAUAUUUGUGUAGCUUGCAAGUUGGUGGGUGCAAAGGGGGCCCCAUGAUCUCCUACAGUCCAAGGUCCCCAUGAGUUGUCAGUCCACCACUGGCCAUCACAUUAAAUUUUUUUAAAUAAAUACAUUUUUAAAAACCAUAUGGUGUUCAAUAAGACCAUGAUAGGGUUUAAACCUCCCUAUAACUUCAUCUGCUAUGUAGCAGGUGGGGCUUUUCUGCGACAUAAAGUAAAUACUUUUGCCUGACUAAACCAGGCUUUUGUAUUUAAAGGUGCAUUAUAGCUAUGGUAGUCUGUGCGUAUGCCCUUUGGAUAUUGCUUAGGAGCACUAUACAUACUGUUUAGUUUAGGUCGCUGGACAGUGCAAAAGGGUUGACUUCCUUUACUGUCCCUCUGCAUAACUCAGAGGGCCUGAGUGUUUGGAGUUCAGACUGAGAAAUUUGACCACUAGAGUGGAGGUUAUCACAAAGAAGUAAGGCUGCACAUCUGGGCAAUUCUAAUAAUUGAAGAUUUCAAUUACCUGGGUAUUUACUGGGCCAGAGGGACUAGUGGAUGAAUUAGGGGACACUUUCAUGAAGCACCAACUAAAACAGAUGCUUGUCUAGACCUUGUAAUACUAAUCGUAGUUUCUCCCUGUAAUGGCACAAGUGAGCAAAAGCUUUUUGAGACCUGAACUGGGACUAACUGAAGGGCAAGCUGAGCCUUCUUUGAGCAUUUGGCCAUUCUCGAGGUUCUACUGUUCUCUGUUUGUGUUGCAUUGCAUUUACUUAGGGUCUCCCUAAGUCGAAAGGGUAAUCCAGACCUGGACGCCGUGCUGACUAUGUUUAGAGGGGUUUCAGAUACACCUCACUGAUAAGGCCCCAAAGAAUACCGAAACAGUUGUGUGAGGUUGCUGUAUCUCUGUGCAAAGUGAACUUGCUGGCAUUUUGGAUCUAAACUGCUGUUAUGAGCAGGAUCAGUCUGAUAUGCAAAUGGUAAAGGUUUUUUUCUGAAAUGGCACAAGAGAUCAAAAAAUAGGGCAAGCUAUUGAGGUUUCUCUGAAUGGUUACCCAUUCUCAGAGUUCUCAUAUUCUCUGUUUUUGCUGCACCAAAUAAUAUUGACCUAUUUUCAAACAUUCAGGUUAGCAAGCACUUAGAAAAUAGCAACCAUAAUAUGAUAUUUGAGAUCAACUCAGAAAAACAAAUCUAUAUAGGCUUUACAAAAACACUUAAUAUUAAAAAGGCUAAUUUCAAUAGAAUUAGAGCAUCGUUGCAACUAGCUGACUGGCAGGAACUAUUCACUCAGAAACGCACAGAGGAUUAAUGGAAAGCCUUUAAGCAAAUUCGACGAAAGCUUGUUUCUCUUCAUAUACCAUUAGGAAACAAAUAUGAAAUAAGUCAAAAUUAAAACCAAUAUGGCCUUAUAUAGGAGCCAGUCAAGUACCAAACAACAAAGGACAUUUAAAACCGGUAAAUCACGUAUGUCAAUAGAUUAUAGAAUUCUAUGAAAAAAUAAUAAAGCCAAUGGCGAUUGCAAAAGACCUAUUAGAUGGGCUAAACUAGAAAAUGAAAAACGCAUAGCCAAAACCCAACAACCCUCAAAAAUUGUACAUACAGUAAUGUAAAAAAAAUGUGUUGCAAUAUCAGGCUGUAUUAUCAGAAUCUGUAGGCAUUUUCUAAAAAGACCUGGAUUUUUGGGGGGGCAAAACACAAUACUGUAAUUAAGGAUACAUGUGAACAGGUUGUUGAUCUAAUGAGAAAUUUGAUUGCCAUUAAGUCAAGAAGGAUAUUUUUCCUUUAUUGUGGUAUAAAUGACUAUUGGUUCAAAUAUGGUAUUUCAUUGAUUUAGUUUUGCCUACUUUUGGAUCAACAGCAUAAAACACGUUUAAAGAUUGAACUUGAUGGAGUUGAGUGUUUUGUUAACCUAAAUUACUAUGUAAUUAUGUUACUGUUUAGUAGGUAUGUGAGGGAAGGUUCCCCUCCCCAAUAUUAAAGUCUACAUUUUACCCUAAAGAGCUGUUUUCACUAUACCUUGAUCCCCUCUUCCAGUCCUAAACAAUACCGCUCAAAAAGCCAGCCACCCAGUAGAGAUAACUCCCAUCCAGAAAUAAGGGAUAUAUCCUGAACUCUAGAUCGGCCUCAUUAAACUCUCAGUCGGAUCAGAACUCACCAGUAGCUGGACCAACCUUUAAAUGGGUGGUGCCUGUACACCCUAUUGACUGAGUGCUAUUUCUACCCAGCGUAGCAGAUAAUACGAGGUACUCAUGACAUAUACUGUUUGAGGGUUUACAGCCAACCGGUAACAUCAACACUCUUCUAAAGGCAGGAAGUGGAUGCUGAGCUCUAGACUGGCUGCAAGGAACUAUCAGCCAGGUUGGUACUCACAUGCGGUUGAUUUAACCUUCAACCAGGUGGUCACCUUGGAGAUUAUAUGUGCACUAUUUGGACUGAGGAUAGCAGGCAAUGCAAGCUAUCCAGGAAUUUAUAAUGUUUGGGGGUUACAUGCUGGAAGAGGGGUGUUUUGGGGUUACUGUUUAACGACGCAUUGAUGUCUGGUACUCAACAGGAGGAGAAUUGUAUUAGCUGCAACCUGCUUAUCAACCCAAACAGAGUGGUGCCAGGGUGGAAAUAUGCUAUUGUUUUGCUGAUCACUGUGUGGUAUAAAUGUGAGUGUUUUGUUCAGUAAAAUCUACUUGUUUUCACCCUUCAUCCAGUCUUGGCUGAUGUUUGAAACAGAAAAAGGUAUAUAGGUCGCGCUAAGGGGACAAGAAGGUAAAAUAAAUAGAAUAAAUAAAAGUAAUAAAAAAGUCCCAAAUAUAAAUAAACCUGUGUGGUUCUAGGAGAGUAUACAGUCCAAAUGGGUAUCUGAGUCUUCUUAUGUUGAGGAUGUCUUGAAAUGCUUGUCAAUACGUAGAUACAUAAAAAAAAAGAAGAAGAAGAGGAACUCCAAUAGUGUAGAAUGUCGAUAUAGUUUCCAGGUAUAGGUCUGUAAGUAGGUAAAUGACUCACCUUGGCGUGAGCAAAGAAACCUUGCUCAAGUGUUCUUAGCGUUCAGUGGCGUCAAUCCCCCACUGGUAGGAUAUAGGUGAUGGGGUCCUGGACAAUUCCUCGGUAUAUAAAAAAUGAGAGACGUAUAUAGUGCUCACUGAUGUUUGUAAAAACAAAUAAAAUAAGUAAAAUACUCACAUGUACAUGAGCAGGAAAUACUGCUCAGUAUGAUGGCGCAGGUGGUACAAUCCCCACCUUAGGAUUCUUGGAAGUUGACGUACUUCAAUCCAAAUUGAUGACCAGGUAAUUCAAAUUGAAAAUAACAAUAAAAAAAUAAAAGGAAUUAAAAGUAUAUAGGCAAAAAAUAAGGGCCAAUAUUCCUUUAUUAAAAUAUAAAUUAUCAAUAUAUAUAACAGACUUUGUAAUAGCCAAAACGCGUUUCACCACACAGGGCUUUAUCAAAUGGCAUUUAAAAGAGAGAAAAACCUGGUACACAAGCUACUUUUAUAAGCUAAAAAAUCAAUUAGGCAUUUGAAUUUUGGCGCCAAAUGACGUCACACUUACAGUAUGCAUAGUUUAAAAACAGUUUAAAAGUAAGAAAUUGAAAUGUGAAAGCAUUAUAUAAUGCAAUAUUAAGAUAAUUAUCAGUUUCAAAUAAUAAAACGAGCAUUUUUUAUAAUGUUAUACACUAGGAGAAAUGAUGUCAGUGAACAAAAUAUAUUCGCAAUUAGUAUGUAUACAAAAGUUAAAAUUGAUGAUAUAGGAACGUAUAUAAAAGUGAUAUGAAAAUGUCUGUGGGCUUGAAAUAGAAAAACGAGCAUUAUUAAAAAAAGUAAUAUAUAAUGAAACACGUGAUCGCGGCUAGACGCGAUCACGUGAUCGGAACUGGGUAUUGUGGGAAAUGUAUGCCAGAGAGUCGGGAGAUCGGCGCAAAAGUAUAUCGCCUGUCUCUCGACUAGAUAGUGCAGCAGAGGCAUAUAGGAGCUAGAUGAUUAGCCCUAUAUGUAAAUAAAGACCUAAUUGGUGAAGGGAGAGGGGGAGAAAAGAAAAAGGGGAAGAAACAAAAGAGGGGUUUAUAGCAGGAAAUAUCCUGCAUAAAUCUAAGGAAAAAAGAAAAAGAUAAUAAUGAAAAGAAUAUAUAUAAAUAAAGAAUAUAUAUAAAAGUGAAUAAGGGUAAGUAUAGAAAAAAAUGAAAAAGAAAUAAUAAUAAAAGUUAAAAAAAAAAAAAAAAAAAAAAAAAAAAAAAAAAAAAAAAAAAAAAAAAAAAAAAAAAAAAAAAAAAAAAAAAAAAAAAAAAAAAGUAAUGAGUAAAAAUAAAAGAUAAGAAUAAAUAUAAAUAAUAAUAAUAAAAAUAAAUAUAAAAAUAAAAUGAAAAUAAAAAUGAAAAUAGAAAUAAAUAAUAAUAGAGAGUAUAGUAUAAUAAAAAAAAAAAAAAAUUAUUAUAAAAAGUUGAAAAGGUCAAAUUCAACAUUUAAGCCUUGAGGUGAUAGGGUUUUUAAUUGAAAAACCCAAUUCAUCUCUCUUUUCCCCAAAAUAUUUUUCAUAUCCCCUCCUCUCCAUGGCAUGGAAACUUUUUCUAUCCCAGUAACUUUAAGAGCACUUGGGUCUUUAUUGUGCAAUAAAAAGUGCUUGGACACUGAAUGGUUAUCAUAUCCUUUUUUGAUAUUACAGCAAUGUUCUGCCAGUCUGAUCUUUAAACACCUUGUUGUCAUACCAACAUAUUGAAAACCACAUGGACAUUCUAAUAAAUAGAUAACAUUCUUGGUAUUGCAUCCUAUGAAGUCCUUAAUCGGGUACAUAGUUUUGGUGAUGGUGGAGGAGAAAUGAGUCGUUUUAGUAUUGGUAUUGGGAUUUGUGGAUCUGCAUACGAUGCAUUUGUUACAUUUAAAAAAAACUUUUGGUUUUGACAGAAAGGUCUCCUUUGAUGAAGUAAUUUUAGUAUAAUUUUUCGUUAGAAUUUUCUUAAAAUUUGGGGCCCCUCUAAAAAUCACAUUUGGUUUGUCAGGGAUAUAGUCUUUUAAAAGGUCGUCCUGUUUAAGAAUGUGCCAAUGUUUAUUAAUGAUUUUUUUUAUAUCUUUAUUUUUUUUAUUAAAGUCUAAGAUAAUAGGCAAUUUUGGGGGGUCUUCCUUUUUAGCUUUGUAUGCUAAAAGGUCCUUUCUUUCUUUUGUACUGACUUCUUUUAAUGCUGCAUUCAAUUUUUCUGGUUCAUAGUUUUUAUCUAAAAAUUUGCUAUUCAAUGAGGUAGAUUGGAUUUUAAAAUCAUUUGAUAGAGAACAAUUACGAUGAAGGCGAAGAAAUUGACUUUUCGGAAUCCCAUCUAACCAGGGUUUAUAAUGACAGCUUGUAUGGUCUAUAAUAGUAUUAGUACAUACUUCUUUAAAAAAAGUCUUGGUUUGAAUAUUUCCUUCAUGAAUAAAAAUGUUGAGAUCCAAAAAAUCAAUGGAUACCUUACUAUAAUUUGAGGUUAAAAUUAUACUUUUAUCAUUGUUGUUUAAAAAUUCUAAAAACAGUUUAAGAGAGGUCUCUGAACCUUGCCAAAUAAAAAAUAAAUCGUCUAUAUAGCGAAAGUAUGCGAUCAGGUUUGCCCGCCAGCUAUGAUCACCCCAAAUGGCUGAAGACUCCCAAUCAGCCAUAAAGAGGUUAGCAUAGCUAGGGGCAAACCUGGUUCCCAUGGCUGUACCUUUUUUUUGGAUAUAAAAAGAAUCAUAAAACCAAAAAUAAUUGUUGGUUAAAAUCAUGUGAAUACCCUCUAAAAUAAAAUUUAUUUGUGAGACUGGAAUCGAAGUUUGGUUUUUUAAAAUUUUUUCAACUGACUCACAUCCUAAGGUGUGGGGAAUAAUAGUAUAUAAAGAUUGGACGUCGCACGUAACUAAAAUAUAAUCUUGACACCAUAUAAAAUCUUUUAAAAAGGAUAAAAGGGUCAUCGAGUCUUUGAGAUAAGAUCUCAUUAAUUUUACUGAAGGCUGUAAUAAAAUAUCUAUAUAUUCUGAGAGAUUGGAUAAAACAGAGUUAAUCCCUGAUACAAUUGGUCUCCCAGGGGGUUUGGUCAUAUUUUUAUGAAUUUUGGGGAGAAAAUAAAUGACCGGUAUCUUGGGAUAGGGAAUGUUUAAAUAAUUAAAUUCUUGUUUGCUUAGGAUGUUUAGAUCAAGUCCCUUAGUUAGAAAAUCUUUUAAAGUAGUUUUAAUUUUUGAAGUUGGGUCGUAUGGUAACUUGUCAUAUACUUCACGAUCAUUGAGUUGACGAUUGGCUUCUUCAAUGUAUGAUAGUUUAGACAAGAUAACCAGACCUCCACCUUUAUCCGCAGGUUUAAUGACGAUAUCUUCGUCAUUUUGAAGUUCUUUAAUUGCUUUGCGUUCAUUUUGUGUUAAAUUCUGAUGAUCAUAUUUAUUGUGCUUUAUUUUCUCAAAGUCUUUUAAGACUAAUUUUUCAAAGACCUCUAUUGGACCCGAUUUAAAAUGUGAGGGAUAAAACUUAGAGGGGUUUUUUAAAUCUGUAUGGAUUGUAGGAUCAACUGUUUGGAUAUUAAUAGAUUGAUUUUGAGGUGCUAGAUUGGUUGUAGAGGUAUUUUGAGUAAAAAAUCUUUUGAUAGUGGCUUUCCUCACAAAUUUGUUUAUAUCUAAAAAAGCUUGGAAGGGAUUAAAAGAGUUUGUAGGAGCAUACUUUAGACCUUUGCUUAAAACUUGGAUCUGUGUAGAUGUUAAAACUUUUUGCGAAAGGUUAAAAAUUCCUAGUUUUUUUUCAUCACAGUUUUGUAUUAUUGUUGUCUCUCUUUUCUUUCUCUUUUGUAAUCUUCCGCCACUUCUCCUUCCUCUAUACUUAAGCUUCGUUUUCUUGUUCUGGGGAGGUACGGAGUUUGUGUAUGAGGUAGGUUUUGUGUACGGAUGUCUAAAAAAUUCUCUUCAAUUUCGGAAUCAAUAGACAGUAACUGAUAUCUGUUAUUAUGAGUGUAGUUGGGUGGUGAUUUCGGGGGGUCGGGAUAUUUAUGCCCAAACCUGGAUCUUUGUGGUCUAGGGGUUAGAGGUUGUGAAUGGUUGGGCUUUCUUGUGGUAGUGUAGUGAGGGAAAUUUUGGUAAUCUGGUGAGUUGUGAUGAUUAUUCAUAUUAUGGAUAGGUUUUCUAUAAGUAUGUGAUGAUCUUUGUUUAUUAUAUAGUGAAUUAUUUCUUUCAUAUUCAUUUGGGUGAUUGCCGGUAGAACUGUAUUUCUUUUGAGGAUAAUAAUUGACUUGACGGUGACGGUGCAUAACCUCUAACCCCUAGACCACAAAGAUCCAGGUUUGGGCAUAAAUAUCCCGACCCCCCGAAAUCACCACCCAACUACACUCAUAAUAACAGAUAUCAGUUACUGUCUAUUGAUUCCGAAAUUGAAGAGAAUUUUUUAGACAUCCGUACACAAAACCUACCUCAUACACAAACUCCGUACCUCCCCAGAACAAGAAAACGAAGCUUAAGUAUAGAGGAAGGAGAAGUGGCGGAAGAUUACAAAAGAGAAAGAAAAGAGAGACAACAAUAAUACAAAACUGUGAUGAAAAAAAACUAGGAAUUUUUAACCUUUCGCAAAAAGUUUUAACAUCUACACAGAUCCAAGUUUUAAGCAAAGGUCUAAAGUAUGCUCCUACAAACUCUUUUAAUCCCUUCCAAGCUUUUUUAGAUAUAAACAAAUUUGUGAGGAAAGCCACUAUCAAAAGAUUUUUUACUCAAAAUACCUCUACAACCAAUCUAGCACCUCAAAAUCAAUCUAUUAAUAUCCAAACAGUUGAUCCUACAAUCCAUACAGAUUUAAAAAACCCCUCUAAGUUUUAUCCCUCACAUUUUAAAUCGGGUCCAAUAGAGGUCUUUGAAAAAUUAGUCUUAAAAGACUUUGAGAAAAUAAAGCACAAUAAAUAUGAUCAUCAGAAUUUAACACAAAAUGAACGCAAAGCAAUUAAAGAACUUCAAAAUGACGAAGAUAUCGUCAUUAAACCUGCGGAUAAAGGUGGAGGUCUGGUUAUCUUGUCUAAACUAUCAUACAUUGAAGAAGCCAAUCGUCAACUCAAUGAUCGUGAAGUAUAUGACAAGUUACCAUACGACCCAACUUCAAAAAUUAAAACUACUUUAAAAGAUUUUCUAACUAAGGGACUUGAUCUAAACAUCCUAAGCAAACAAGAAUUUAAUUAUUUAAACAUUCCCUAUCCCAAGAUACCGGUCAUUUAUUUUCUCCCCAAAAUUCAUAAAAAUAUGACCAAACCCCCUGGGAGACCAAUUGUAUCAGGGAUUAACUCUGUUUUAUCCAAUCUCUCAGAAUAUAUAGAUAUUUUAUUACAGCCUUCAGUAAAAUUAAUGAGAUCUUAUCUCAAAGACUCGAUGACCCUUUUAUCCUUUUUAAAAGAUUUUAUAUGGUGUCAAGAUUAUAUUUUAGUUACGUGCGACGUCCAAUCUUUAUAUACUAUUAUUCCCCACACCUUAGGAUGUGAGUCAGUUGAAAAAAUUUUAAAAAACCAAACUUCGAUUCCAGUCUCACAAAUAAAUUUUAUUUUAGAGGGUAUUCACAUGAUUUUAACCAACAAUUAUUUUUGGUUUUAUGAUUCUUUUUAUAUCCAAAAAAAAGGUACAGCCAUGGGAACCAGGUUUGCCCCUAGCUAUGCUAACCUCUUUAUGGCUGAUUGGGAGUCUUCAGCCAUUUGGGGUGAUCAUAGCUGGCGGGCAAACCUGAUCGCAUACUUUCGCUAUAUAGACGAUUUAUUUUUUAUUUGGCAAGGUUCAGAGACCUCUCUUAAACUGUUUUUAGAAUUUUUAAACAACAAUGAUAAAAGUAUAAUUUUAACCUCAAAUUAUAGUAAGGUAUCCAUUGAUUUUUUGGAUCUCAACAUUUUUAUUCAUGAAGGAAAUAUUCAAACCAAGACUUUUUUUAAAGAAGUAUGUACUAAUACUAUUAUAGACCAUACAAGCUGUCAUUAUAAACCCUGGUUAGAUGGGAUUCCGAAAAGUCAAUUUCUUCGCCUUCAUCGUAAUUGUUCUCUAUCAAAUGAUUUUAAAAUCCAAUCUACCUCAUUGAAUAGCAAAUUUUUAGAUAAAAACUAUGAACCAGAAAAAUUGAAUGCAGCAUUAAAAGAAGUCAGUACAAAAGAAAGAAAGGACCUUUUAGCAUACAAAGCUAAAAAGGAAGACCCCCCAAAAUUGCCUAUUAUCUUAGACUUUAAUAAAAAAAAAUAAAGAUAUAAAAAAAAUCAUUAAUAAACAUUGGCACAUUCUUAAACAGGACGACCUUUUAAAAGACUAUAUCCCUGACAAACCAAAUGUGAUUUUUAGAGGGGCCCCAAAUUUUAAGAAAAUUCUAACGAAAAAUUAUACUAAAAUUACUUCAUCAAAGGAGACCUUUCUGUCAAAACCAAAAGGUUUUUUUAAAUGUAACAAAUGCAUCGUAUGCAGAUCCACAAAUCCCAAUACCAAUACUAAAACGACUCAUUUCUCCUCCACCAUCACCAAAACUAUGUACCCGAUUAAGGACUUCAUAGGAUGCAAUACCAAGAAUGUUAUCUAUUUAUUAGAAUGUCCAUGUGGUUUUCAAUAUGUUGGUAUGACAACAAGGUGUUUAAAGAUCAGACUGGCAGAACAUUGCCGUAAUAUCAAAAAAGGAUAUGAUAACCAUUCAGUGUCCAAGCACUUUUUAUUGCACAAUAAAGACCCAAGUGCUCUUAAAGUUACUGGGAUAGAAAAAGUUUCCAUGCCAUGGAGAGGAGGGGAUAUGAAAAAUAUUUUGGGGAAAAGAGAGAUGAAUUGGGUUUUUCAAUUAAAAACCCUAUCACCUCAAGGCUUAAAUGUUGAAUUUGACCUUUUCAACUUUUUAUAAUAAUUUUUUUUUUUUUUUAUUAUACUAUACUCUCUAUUAUUAUUUAUUUCUAUUUUCAUUUUUAUUUUCAUUUUAUUUUUAUUUUUAUUAUUAUUAUUUAUAUUUAUUCUUAUCUUUAUUUUUAUUCAUUACUUUUUUUUUUUUAUUUGUGUAGUUUUAUUUUUAUUUUAUUUUCUAUUUCUAUUUUUAUUUUAUUCUUAUUUUUAUUUUUAUUUUCAACUUUUAUUAUUAUUUCUUUUUCAUUUUUUUCUAUACUUACCCUUAUUCACUUUUAUAUACUUUAUUUAUAUAUAUAUUUUUUUUAUUAUCUUUUUCUUUUUUCCUUAGAUUUAUGCAGGAUAUUUCCUGCUAUAAACCCCUCUUUUGUUUCUUCCCCUUUUUCUUUUCUCCCCCUCUCCCUUCACCAAUUAGGUCUUUAUUUACAUGUAGGGCUAAUCAUCUAGCUCCUAUAUGCCUCUGCUGCACUAUCUAGUCGAGAGACAGGCGAUAUACUUUUGCGCCGAUCUCCCGACUCUCUGGCAUACAUUUCCCACAAUACCCAGUUCCGAUCACGUGAUCGCGUCUAGCCGCGAUCACGUGUUUCAUUAUAUAUUACUUUUUUUAAUAAUGCUCGUUUUUCUAUUUCAAGCCCACAGACAUUUUCAUAUCACUUUUAUAUACGUUCCUAUAUCAUCAAUUUUAACUUUUGUAUACAUACUAAUUGCGAAUAUAUUUUGUUCACUGACAUCAUUUCUCCUAGUGUAUAACAUUAUAAAAAAUGCUCGUUUUAUUAUUUGAAACUGAUAAUUAUCUUAAUAUUGCAUUAUAUAAUGCUUUCACAUUUCAAUUUCUUACUUUUAAACUGUUUUUAAACUAUGCAUACUGUAAGUGUGACGUCAUUUUGGCGCCAAAAUUCAAAUGCCUAAUUGAUUUUUUAGCUUAUAAAAGUAGCUUGUGUACCAGGUUUUUCUCUCUUUUAAAUGCCAUUUGAUAAAGCCCUGUGUGGUGAAACGCGUUUUGGCUAUUACAAAGUCUGUUAUAUAUAUUGAUAAUUUAUAUUUUAAUAAAGGAAUAUUGGCCCUUAUUUUUUGCCUAUAUACUUUUAAUUCCUUUUAUUUUUUUAUUGUUAUUUUCAAUUUGAAUUACCUGGUCAUCAAUUUGGAUUGAAGUACGUCAACUUCCAAGAAUCCUAAGGUGGGGAUUGUACCACCUGCGCCAUCAUACUGAGCAGUAUUUCCUGCUCAUGUACAUGUGAGUAUUUUACUUAUUUUAUUUGUUUUUACAAACAUCAGUGAGCACUAUAUACGUCUCUCAUUUUUUAUAUACCGAGGAAUUGUCCAGGACCCCAUCACCUAUAUCCUACCAGUGGGGGAUUGACGCCACUGAACGCUAAGAACACUUGAGCAAGGUUUCUUUGCUCACGCCAAGGUGAGUCAUUUACCUACUUACAGACCUAUACCUGGAAACUAUAUCGACAUUCUACACUAUUGGAGUUCCUCUUCUUCUUCUUUUUUUUUAUGUAUCUACGUAUUGACAAGCAUUUCAAGACAUCCUCAACAUAAGAAGACUCAGAUACCCAUUUGGACUGUAUACUCUCCUAGAACCACACAGGUUUAUUUAUAUUUGGGACUUUUUUAUUACUUUUAUUUAUUCUAUUUAUUUUACCUUCUUGUCCCCUUAGCGCGACCUAUAUACCUUUUUCUGUUUGUUCCAUUCCAUGUGAGGUUAUUUGAGGGACCUCAUUCCUAUAGGUUGCUGCUUUUACUUUUUGUUUUUAGUUUCUCUUAGAUUGUUUAGCGCUGAACCAUUACCUUUUUGUUGGCUGAUGUUUGAGCUGCUAUAAUCACUGAAGCUAUGUUGCGGGAAAAGAAGGGUGAUUGACAGAGGAACUCAGUCCGAGUACUGAGUAUUUUGGUUAGUGAAGACUAAUCUUGUCACAUAAACUUCUGCCCAGUACGGGUUCAUGGAUGAGACGUUUAUCCCUCAUCUGCUGUCCGAGUCAUCACUUAGAAUUAUUGGAACUGCUCUAUAAACAGUUAGUAGCCAUACCACACCUGCCAUCAGUGUACAAAAAACCCCAAUACAUGGUUUAGUGAACUUACCUGUUGUAAUUGGUAGAGCUUGCAAACUGCCCAUGCAGAGUCUGUAUCUCGGCUUUAACGAGGAAGGCGAGUGAGUCUCUCCUGCUACACUCACAAUAGGUAAAACUAAUGUAAGGCUACCUUAAACUUAGUGAGUGUUCCAGAUUCUUGAUUGACAGCCCUGUAUAGCAUCAACAAUUUUUACAAAAUGGAGUAAUGCUAAGUGGUUAUGGUGAUUCAGUUGGCCCUUUGAUAUAUAACCCAAUCCUGCUAAUACAUUAACCGGUGUUAAUUUAAAUGUAUCUUUUUUUUGUAGAGAACAUUGACUUGACCAGUUUAUUUUCACCCUAUUGACUAGAAAUAUUUUCUCUUGGCUACUAAAUCAGUUGUAUAUUUCCCAUUCAAAAGAUGGAUGUUAAAACCUAUCUAUGUAAAAUGGAAUAGUAUUUUAUGAUUUCCAUAACUGGGAUACACUAGCAAAUCAACAACACGUAGAAACUGUUAAAUACAAAUUGUUACAAAUGCAAAUUGUAGACAAUGUCAAAUACCAAGUACGUAGGCCACACGUAGAUAUUUUAUAUUUCUGGAUAAGCCUUUCAAAUGAUUUGUCUACAGAAGUGAACUUUAAAGUCAAUGGGAAUUUUUGUAGAUAAAUAGUUAUAAAAGUUUAUCCAAAAAUAUUAAAUCAUUUGAAAAGCUUAUCCAAAAAUAUUAAAUCACGGCUCUAAGCUUUUCAAAUGAUUGAAUACAUUAGACAAACUUUCCAAUAGUCACUAUUAAAGUCAAUGGGAAUUUUUGUAGAUAAAUCAGAAAGUUUUUCCAACAGAAUUGAAUUAUUUAGACAGCUUAUUAAAUUGAGGCAAAGGCUUUGAUUUAAUUUGUUUGAAUCACAACCAAAGAUUAUUCUAUUCUGGCAGAUUUUUUUUUUCAAAUGAUUUAGAUAAAUUGUAGAAAAUUUAUUUGAAAAGUUUUUCUAACAGAAUGGAAUAAUGUAUGAUUCUUCGUCAAACAAAUUAAAUCGGGGCCUCAAUGCUUGCAAUAAAGCAAAAUGUCUCGAUGUACUAUGUGUGCAUGAAAUUUCUCAUUAUGCACUCACAAACAUGUUUAAUGGUAUGCUGUUAUUGUCAUGUCAUUUCAAGCUUGUAAUAACUAAAUUGCCAGUAAUUGAACAGGGGAUUUGGGUCGACAUUACCUGAAUAUAAAAGAGCAAAUACCAGUGAGGAAACCAAGAAAACUAAUCCGAUAAUAUUCACAAUUUUCUAUCUCCAGCAGUCCUCUUAUCUUAAGCAGUGCGAACCACACACAUUUCAUUUGGCCAAAGGAAACAUUAUCGCAAGUCGUCAAACAUAGUGUACGCCAACCCAUGUGAGUUUAUUUUAAUAUUGCUAAACACUUACUGCAUAAUAACUGAUGACAUUAUAAUGGUUUCAUAUUUUUUUAUCUAUAUAUAUAUAAAUAAAAAAUUUUUUUUUUUAUUUUUUUAUAAUUCUUUAUUUUUUAAGUGCAUGUGAAAUAUCGUUUGCAGGGUAUAACAUGACAUUAAUAGGCAAUGCAAGAAAGCAGUUUGCGUAUACAAAACAUGUGGAUAAAGAUGCACCAUUUUUGUGGUUCAGGCAAUAGGUAAAAGGGUCUGACCUGAGUCAGACCUUGCAUAAAAACAACAAUAUUAAACGUUUGGUUUGCAUGUCCGGCAGGGUGCUUGUUGUGAUGAUAUAGUGUGCUAGCAUGCGCAAAAUCAGGCAUAAAUACUGUUUUUGCUGAGGCUAUUGUUAUUAUUGACGGAGUUACGUGUCUGUCUAGGGAGUGCUUUUCGGGUACCCUUGUGCAUGUUAGGGACGGCACCCUUCGACCUGUGCUUAUCUUGAUGCCGAGCCUGCAAUGUAGCCAGGUGGAAGUGAACUGUACCUGAGGUUGUCUGAGCUGAAUCCGAUCGGGUGUAGGCAGUUUGGUCGCUGCUAAGUGUGGUCAUGUAGCUUGAUGUGGGUUUAAGUAUAUGGGUGUGCGUGGUAGUGUGUGUCUCCGUCUUUUAAUCAGCCUCGCCUGUCGGGCCUAGGUUAUAGAUGAUAGUGUUGUUGCUUCAAGGGGAGCUUGGGCCGGUUGUGGCUGUUAGUGGCCCUAGCCAAGGGGGCUGGGGGGUUGUGGUGGGUGUAGAGCCCUACCCCUGCAUCCCUAUCUCAUGAAGCAUUGCCCCUCCAUUCAAAGCCUCAUAGGGAGGGUCAGUAUAUCCCUAGCUCUGCACAUGGGGGGUAUGUAGGUUGCGGUAGCCUUGUCUAGCCAGCUGGAGAACAGAAACCAAAGAAAACUGUUUAAACUUAGGUAAAACUGUGUGUUAUGAGUACAGUCCCUUGUUGCCUGCUGCUCGUUGGGGUCCGAGCUUAGUCAUGCUCGUGGAGUGGUCCAGUGGUAUGUAACUCCUGCGGUUCUCAGUUGGCUCGUGGUUGGGUAGAGCAUUUUGCGCCAUUGCAGGGUGGACCUCGACAGGUCUUGGUAGAAGGACAGGUCAGCACCCUCAAAUGUGUAUGGUGUUUGGUUUCGUAUAGCUGAGAGGAGUGCUUUUUUGUCUUGAGCCAGGGCGCAGCGAACUGAUAUCACUCACGGCACUUGCUGGGACCCUAGGUGAUUUUGGUAGGCGGAACAUGCCAUCAAAAGCGAGUUUUUUUAGCGUGUGUUGGCGGUAAUAGGGAGGCUGUUAGUCGUCUCAGGUAGUGGGGCAUUUUGUCCAUGGUGACGGACUCAGGUACCCCUUUUAUCUUCAGGUUAUUACGCCUGGAACGGUCCUCCAGCGUAGCAAACUUAGUGGAAAAUGCUUGCUGGGUUUUGUGGACAUUUUGCAGGGAGUCUUGUACAGUUAUCAUUUCCCGCCUCAUAUCUAUGAUGUCCUCUUCUGUGGCUCUCACCCUGUCUGUAACCACCUGUAAGUCAGCCUGAAUGACUGCUAUGUCAGUUGCUAGCUUCUGGCGAAAUUCGGUGAAGAGAUUUUUAAUAUCAUGCUUGGUGGCCAGAGCUGAUAUAUCAGGUAAGGCUGCAGCUGUGUGUUCUGGUGUUUGUGGCAGGGUUUGUGCUUGAGGGUAGUCAGGCGUUUGGGUCUGAGGGUCUGCUAGGGCCUGCUGGUUGGCUGGGGCCGCCAUUUUGGGCAAGGUUUGGUGCUGUACUAGGGCCCCUGUGUCUUGGGAUUCGCUUUAGGUACCUGAGAGAGGUUUCUGUGAGCGUCUUCCUAUGAUUGAGGGCUUAUCUGCAGGUAAGUGGGUGUCUGUGCUCCAGUUGUGCUGGAGGGAGAUGUGCCUCAGGAAAUCCUCCAGGCGUGUAGCGUGAUGGUAGGCCGCAGGCUUCUUCCGUCGCCGGUUCUGUCCAGAACCAGCAAAGAACGUCAUGUGCCAAUACUGGGAGACACCGGGAUGUAGAUGAUGGUGUGGGAAAUGGUGGAUGGGCAGUUUAUCCGAGGAUAUCCGUCGGAUUGAGCAGACCACCGUCGGAGCUCCCGAAAAUGGUGUCCGCUCCGUUCCGCGGUUAAGCCCCACUCCCCUAUUAUUAUUUGUUUAAUAAAGUUAAUAGUACAGGGAGUGCAGAAUUAUUAGGCAAGUUGUAUUUUUGAGGAUUAAUUUUAUUAUUGAACAACAACCAUGUUCUCAAUGAACCCAAAAAACUCAUAAAUAUCAAAGCUGAAUAUUUUUGGAAGUAGUUUUUAGUUUGUUUUUAGUUAUAGCUAUGUUAGGGGGAUAUCUGUGUGUGCAGGUGACUAUUACUGUGCAUAAUUAUUAGGCAACUUAACAAAAAACAAAUAUAUACCCAUUUCAAUUAUUUAUUAUUACCAGUGAAACCAAUAUAACAUCUCAACAUUCACAAAUAUACAUUUCUGACAUUCAAAAACAAAACAAAAACAAAUCAGUGACCAAUAUAGCCACCUUUCUUUGCAAGGACACUCAAAAGCCUGCCAUCCAUGGAUUCUGUCAGUGUUUUGAUCUGUUCACCAUCAACAUUGCGUGCAGCAGCAACCACAGCCUCCCAGACACUGUUCAGAGAUGUGUACUGUUUUCCCUCCUUGUAAAUCUCACAUUUGAUGAUGGACCACAGGUUCUCAAUGGGGUUCAGAUCAGGUGAACAAGGAGGCCAUGUCAUUAGAUUUUCUUCUUUUAUACCCUUUCUUGCCAGCCACGCUGUGGAGUACUUGGACGCGUGUGAUGGAGCAUUGUCCUGCAUGAAAAUCAUGUUUUUCUUGAAGGAUGCAGACUUCUUCCUGUACCACUGCUUGAAGAAGGUGUCUUCCAGGAACUGGCAGUAGGACUGGGAGUUGAGCUUGACUCCAUCCUCAACCCGAAAAGGCCCCACAAGCUCAUCUUUGAUGAUACCAGCCCAAACCAGUACUCCACCUCCACCUUGCUGGCGUCUGAGUCGGACUGGAGCUCUCUGCCCUUUACCAAUCCAGCCACGGGCCCAUCCAUCUGGCCCAUCAAGACUCACUCUCAUUUCAUCAGUCCAUAAAACCUUAGAAAAAUCAGUCUUGAGAUAUUUCUUGGCCCAGUCUUGACGUUUCAGCUUGUGUGUCUUGUUCAGUGGUGGUCGCCUUUCAGCCUUUCUUACCUUGGCCAUGUCUCUGAGUAUUGCACACCUUGUGCUUUUGGGCACUCCAGUGAUGUUGCAGCUCUGAAAUAUGGCCAAACUGGUGGCAAGUGGCAUCGUGGCAGCUGCACGCUUGACUUUUCUCAGUUCAUGGGCAGUUAUUUUGCGCCUUGGUUUUUCCACACGCUUCUUGCGACCCUGUUGACUAUUUUGAAUGAAACGCUUGAUUGUUCGAUGAUCACGCUUCAGAAGCUUUGCAAUUUUAAGAGUGCUGCAUCCCUCUGCAAGAUAUCUCACUAUUUUUGACUUUUCUGAGCCUGUCAAGUCCUUCUUUUGACCCAUUUUGCCAAAGGAAAGGAAGUUGCCUAAUAAUUAUGCACACCUGAUAUAGGGUGUUGAUGUCAUUAGACCACACCCCUUCUCAUUACAGAGAUGCACAUCACCUAAUAUGCUUAAUUGGUAGUAGGCUUUCGAGCCUAUACAGCUUGGAGUAAGACAACAUGCAUAAAGAGGAUGAUGUGGUCAAAAUACUCAUUUGCCUAAUAAUUCUGCACUCCCUGUAUGUGUAACUAUUAUUCUUUUAUUUUAUCUUUUUCCAUGGUGAUUGCACUAUGUACUCCGAUUGGGUGUUAAAAAACACUGCGGCGUCAAUCUCUCCCACAGGAAGAAUAGCCAAGAAUCAGUGUUUCCUUACAUUUUGGUCUGACCCCAAUUUACAGUACUUCUCCUGGGUCUAUAAAGUAUAUAGUUUUAUUUAAAAAAAAAAACAAAAAAACACUUUAUGAUAUAUUUCUUUUUGAGAAUUUAUUUAUCCCCUUUGAAUGAACUCAGAAAGGCUGCCAAAGUUUACAGCAAAUGUACGAAUUCUCUAAAUCCACAUGGAAUAAUUACCUUCCGUUCUUUAACAAUAAUUCUUGUCAUUGUGCUAUUCCAACGUGAGGCUAGAGGUCAAAGUACAAUUACUUUGGAUGGUAGGCGACUUCUUUAAAAAGCUUACUUAUUUAUCAAACACAUUACUCUUUAAUAAAUAUGCCAAAAAAAGUUUAUUAUAAAUUAAAUAACUUGAGUAUUAAUCUAGUGCACCAGUGAUUUUCCUUUCUGUUACCUUAUUAACUAAGACAUGGGUGUCCAACCUUUUGCUUCCCUGGGUCAUAUUGAGCACAGAGGAAUUGUCUUGGGCCGCACAUAACAUUUAUAAUUUAUUUAUAUAAUAAAACUUCAAAAGCCCUUUUCUUAAUUUAGUUUAAUAUAUGACUCCCUAAUUUGUUAUCCUUAUGUGGGAUUGCCAUAUUUAAGGAUACCAAAUUAGGGAGCUAUCUACUAAACACAUAUACAUGUAUAUGCAUAUGCACACAUAACCAGAUGUACACACACACACACAAUCACAAACCUAUACAGACAAUCACAGACCCACACACAUACAAUCUCACACCUAUACACACAAUCGCAUACAUACACACACAAUCACAGAUCCACACACAUAAUCACUGACUUACACAAACACAGUCACAGACAUACACACAGACCUCCCCACACACACACACAAUCAAUGACAAAAUAUACACAAAAAAUAUAUUCAGACACAUUUAGUACUUAAGAGGUCCACCCAGCCUCCUAUCUUGUUCUGGGAUGGCUGGAAUGGAUCCUCUGUCCCUGGUGGCUAGUGGUUGCUGCUGGCCUGGAAUGUCUGUGCUCUUCCUACGAAUACCCCCACUAGUGAUGCCGAUGCUGGGAUGGCAAGCUUUCCAGGAGGAAUACAGUAUGUAAAGGGCUCCCUGCCUCGCUUGCUGCCCGGACUGCUACCGGACCGCACUGCUAGCCUUCUGGGCUGCGGAUUGGACACCCCUAAACUAAGAAGCACAUUUAUUAAAUGUUUGAAUUAUACAUACAGCAUUCUGGAGUAUGUCUGCUCCUUGUAAAAUAGAAUUGAGAUAAUUCUUAAAAAUUUGCAUACCAGGGGCAUUGCUGGACUGCGCUUGUUGGUGGGCGUGUGAAGUGAGUGCUCAUCUUGUCUGUGGCAAAUUACAGUGUGGGAUUCACAGCUAAGCUGCCCAUUCAGACAGCAAACAGGUACGUCACCUGCAACAGACACCAGUAUUUAUUUUUAUUUAUUUAUUUAUUAUUUAUUUAUAAAAUAUUUUACCAGGAAGGAUACAUUCGUUUUCAAGUAUGUCCUGGGUCCACAAAACAGUGCAUUGAUACAAAAAGGUACAAUAAAAUACAAAAACAGUAUUAAUACACCAUAUAUACAAAAUUAAACAUAGAACAUGUAGGAAAUAUCUAAUCAACCAUGACAGGUGCAUUCUGUUUUGAGACACGUAGAGAGGGAUCUCUUAAAGGAGAGGGAUCUCAUAUACCUUUUUUUUAAAAAGCCCCACACAGAACCUACUACUAUCAGGGGAUGCUGAGAAAUCUUUAACAAUCUGUAUUGAUCCCUGCUGUUCGCCACCUUGGAAGCAAUGGUCUUCGGCACUAACUGGAUUAAAUGGUAUAGGGCAAUAUAUUCCACCCCAAGUGCAAAAAUUAGGAUUAAUGGUCAACUGUUGAAUCCCGUACAUAUAAGGAUUCGACAGUUGAUUUCCCGUACAUAUAAGGAUUCGACUGCUUGAUUUUUUUUAGCCAGAUUAUCAAUUGUAUCUGUAAUGUGAAAAUUUUUAACUGGUAAGAAUUGAUCUAUGAUAAUAACAAAUAAAAAAUAAUAAAAAAUAAAUAACGUUAGGGCACCCUAAUCCCAGAAAACAGAAAUGAAUCAAUCUCACAGUAAUUACCUCUGUCAAAAAGGAACAAUACACCAGAGUAAAUCAAUUCAUUCCUCUAGUUAUUACCCACUCCAAAAAGGCAUUCAAAUUCAAACAAUGGCAGAUAAAGAGCACAAAAAAUAUUUAUGAAAUAAAGUGCUAGAAUUACACGGGGGGAGAGAGAGGCUGACAGAGACACAUAUCCCAUGCCAAGCAAGCUGGACACAUUUUGUGCUUGAAUGGGGACCUUAUUUACAGCUACCACAAGUAAAAAAGGCUUUUAAUUUUUUUUACAAAUUUUUAUUAUAAGAAGUGUCCUUGGAUCAUCACAUAAACUUUGAGUCAGAAUAUCUGGCACAAUAACUUCAGAUCCGUUCAAAGUAUAAUUCUGGGGAUUAGAUGCAAAUUCUCUGUUAAAUUAAACCAUUAACUACUAUUACUAUAAAACACAAUAAUUAAUGUAAUCCCUUUUCAAAUGUGAAACAUACUGAUAGAAAAAGCUAAUGUCUUGGCUAAUCCUUUUGGUUUUGCCAACAUCAUAGUUUAACUCUUUAUGUGAAUAUUUUGUCUAUCUAGUAUGGAUUUAUUUGAACAACUAUGUUAUGUAAAUAAUGAAGCUACUUGUUGUCAUGUGUGGUUUGAUAUGUUAAAGGGAUACUUUAAGCACCAAAACAACUUUAGCUUAAUGUAGCAGUUUUAGUUUAUAGAUCAUACAAAUAGAUAAGAUAUUCAAUACAAACUGUAGCGGAGCUGCAAUAAUAAAAUCCCAAAUCUCCGCUGUUUAGCAGAUAUAUCUCAAUCCCCAGUAACCGGACGACACACAGUUCUGGGAGUCAACUGGUUUAUUCAGGGCCACACACGGCUUUUAUGCAAAAGCCCCUACGUGGGGUUUCCCAUACAAACUUACAGGGUAAUCCCUCCCAUGAUCCUCUGUGCCUGAGAGAUAUUUACCUGGAAAAAAAAUAUAUAUAAUUAAAUUAUUUCUCCGGUACAGAAAAAUCUAAAAUGUUUAUGACACCCCAAAAGACACAUAAAACAACUAUCUACCCCUGAAAUCUUAUAUCCCCGGAAAGCCUGGAUCUGAGCGCACAACAUUUUCGAAAAGCACUCAGAUCCCACGAACACAGCCGAAAUGCCACCAGGGUAAAGAUUUCACCGCACACAAGGCUCCUGCCCAAAAUAGUUCCAUAGAAUCGGGGGUAGUGGUCAGUCUCUUUUGGGUGCAUGAAAAUGAACAAAAUGCCGAAUGGAUGCUUUCACCUGUAUGCUGGUCGUGUGCCCCUCAUUCGUGGGAAUGAUUCCACUGAACAGUGUUCUUUUCAGAUGUAUAGGAAUGAAUGCAGGCGAGUUUAUGAUUUUAGUUCCAUGCACUUGACGACCAAACACCGCUGCCUGCAUUCGCUGGAAACAAGAUGACCACCACCACAUGUUCGUACAUACGAACGACGGCCACCCAGCCAACCGUUUAGAGCACUGAGGUGGGAAUCAUUAUGGAAGUGUUAACAGGGAUGAUGGAGGUUAACAAGUAUACGGGUGGUCUGGAUCUUUCGUGGUUUUGUUCGGUUGUCGAACAAAACAAGGGUAAAAAGUAGGUGAACGUGGUUUUACUGAACAAACCAGGGAAUCCUAGUAACAUAGGUUAAUUUCGCCACACAAACACACUGAGAAAUAAGGGUAGCAAAAAAAUUUAGACUUUUUUUUUCCCAAGAUGUGUGAGUGUCAGCCAGGCGAUGUGUGGCUAGGACUGCAUAAACUUAGCAAUUUAACUCCUAAAUUGCAGAGAAUUGAUUAGCCAAACUGCAAGGGCAUGAUCUAUACACCAAAACUACUUUAUUAAGCUACAGUUGUGUGGUGCCUAUAGUGUCGCUUUAAUAUAAUUAAUUAGUUGGGUAACAGAGAUCAGUAUAUUUAAUACUUUUUCAGAGACUGGAGUUGAAAUAUCUAACCCCUCACACACUUAGAACUUGACAGUGUUUUAAGAGUUAAACUUUUCUAUGGUCACAAUCUCCACUGUAGGUCAAUGGGAGAACUGUAUUCAGAUAAUGGCAUCUCUUGUAAUAGAAUGCAACCCAAGUGUGUGAAUGCACUCCUCUACCCCCAUUAGCUAUUAAUUACAUUUACCAAGACACCAAUAUGACAGUAGCAUUUGUCUUUAUAUUCUACCUGUGUUUAGUUUCAAUAUGUUACCUGGUUUGAUAAGGCAUGGCAUUACUGUUCAAUACCAGAAAACUAUCUGAACAAUGGUGCAGUAAUAGAAAUGAUAAAGAGUAAUUUCCUUCUCUUUUGAGUCAGCGUUAUUCUGCCAUUAUUAAUCCAUGAUGUAAUAAUUAUUAAUUGGAUUUUCUUUUCCAGAAUGGGGAAGAAAAUUAAAAAAGAAGCUGAGCCUCCUCCAAAAGAUGUGGUAAGUAUGAGUCAUAUGCUUUAUAUAACAAAGGGUUUUUUUGCUAAACAGAGUUUGUUGGUUAGGCGAAGGAUGUGAUGUAAAAUAAUUAAUCAAAAUAAUCAAUUUGCAAAGAGAGAAGCAAGUUGAAUCUUUUGAAGUUUGUUAUUUUCCCAGCCUGGUUACUUUUCUCCUAAAAUGGAUUUGCAAAUAGAAAAUACUAAUGAGUGGCAGUUCACAGAAUCAGGCAGACAGGUUCUACUUCAUGUGUUCAAUUAGAUUUUAUCAUAGCUGUAUCAUGUAUUGAAUAUGGAUAUCUCUAAGAAUUCCUACAUGUGUGUUGGCAAAAUACAGUGGGACCUCGGUUUACAAACGCCUCGGUUAACAUAAUUUUCGGUUUACAAAUGAAAAUCCAUUGAAAAUAAUUCCUCGGUUUAGAAAUUUGUUUCGCAAUACAAAGCAAGUUUCCCCAGGAUGCAUUGCACCUGGGAGGUUUAUAGCACCGCCCCCUGCAUGCUGGAGUCUGUGGGUAGCACGUGGCGUCGAGUGUGGAGGUGUUGGAGCGGCUUUUGCAUCGAGUUUUGGGACUUUUUGGUGCAUUUCUCAAGCUGUGGAAAGGUAGGGAGCUGAGCUUCGUCGUUUGCAUGUCUUUUAUUGUGUGUUCUGCAUUGUGGGUUGGUUUCCAUGCCACAUCAUUUUGACUUUUUUCUGACCUCCAGAACGGAUUAAUUGGUUUUCAAUGCAUUCCUAUGGGACAACGCGUUUCGGUUUACACAUUUUUCGCAAUAAGAAAUGUCCCGGAGAACGCAUUAAAUUCGUAAACCGAGGUCCCACUGUACAUGCAUAACAUUGUCUUAAAGCGGCUCUGUCACCGAUGCGGCUUGCCCAGAUUGAUGUGUGGUCUGUCCUUUCCAGUUCCUGGUGGUUCAUCUGCCAGGAGCCCAGAUCAGUGCUGUACCCCUGCACAUGCAUGAGAGUAAAACACUGUGCCAGAGCCUCUAAAUACAAUGCCUUUUCCCUAUAGCCAUCAGUUUUGUCAGGCUUAGGGAAUAUAUAAGACUAAGUAUUCCCUACUUUGUCUUAGUAUAUAUUUUAACUGCCUUGGGAUUUCAGUGAAAUUCCAUCACAGUCAAUGUGAAUAUUUAUAAAGGAGUUUAUAUUUAUGAAAUACUAAUUUUGCCAGGGAGGGUGUUAACCGAGCCGCUUUAGUAAAUAUCAUCUAAAGAAGUGGAAGUUUGAGUGCAGAGUGCAGCAUGGUACUGCAGUGUUCACCUCUUUGUUUGCAGGUGAAGUAUAUUCUGUGUUCUCAAAAUGCAAUACAGAAACAAUAGAACUUAGCUGUACAGUGAGCGAGAUGGAAUCUUGCCAGUAUACCUGGACUUUACCUCCUGCCAAUAAACACAGCUGUGCCUGAUUAUGUCCAUUUCUGUUACUCUAAUGUGACUGUUCAGUGGUCCAGAAUACAAACCGGAUUAGGUCAUAUUGUGAAAAUGUUAUGAAAUGUUACUCUUUUUGUAUUUUUCUGUUUCAUAUACCAAGUUUAUUUAUAUUGGCAACAUGUGUAGGACAAAGAUGAUGUUAAUUUAAAGUUUUGCUAUGUUCCAGUAAAUCUCAUUUUUUUUUUUUAUAAUUCUUUAUUUUUCUUUGUGCAUGGAGUAACAGAUCAUUUGUAAAUGCCACAGCAGCAUAUUUAAAAGAUAUGAACACAGUAGCUGUACAUUUAUGGCAUAAGAGUAUCAGCACAAUUUUUAAAUGUUGAGUUAUGAACAAGCUAAGCGUAAUGCAAGAUUAACCCACGUUUGUUAGUAGCAGGAGUAUUUGCACAUUCGUAGAGUAUUAACCAGCUUAAUUAGAUGAUUAUACUAUCAGAAUAGAUAUAUGUAAAACCUUUGAGAAUAAGUAAUGCUUUACAGUUAUAGGUUAACUACGUUAGUACCAGUGAGAUGUGGUAACAUGCUUUCAUGUUUCAGGGUUAGGAUACGUUGAGGCUCUGACACGUAAAGAUUUAGAAAGCAUGAGAACAUAUGUUAAAGUAGGCCGCUGAUCACUAGCUAUGCAUAUUGGGUAAAUCUGUAAACAGGUAGGUCUGAGCAAAUGAAUAUCAUAAGUUAUAGUUACAAAUAACACCAGGAUAUUCAUGCUUAUAUAUCAUAUGGUCCUGUUAGGGAGUAGUAUUCAGAGUAGUGAGAUAGAUGGGAAAACAUGACUGGUAUAAUUUUUACUUUAGCACGACUGUAUAAUAGGUACAUGUUAAAUUGCCUAGUGAGGUGGCUAAGUAUACUUGUCUGGCUAGGCAUAAAUUUUGUAGUGGCAUGAGUGUGCUAUUUGUCGAUUAUCUCAGGGUAGCAAGGCUUGAAACUAUUGCGGGAUAUAGUCCUCCAUGACUGCAUGAGCGUGGUGGUGUGGCAGCAGUCCAGGCCGCAGUGCGGUAGGGUGAGUCAGUGAGAGUCAGCCGACUCCUGUAGUCGGCUCUGGCAGGGCACAUACUGGAAAGUCCCAUGGAUCCUCAGAGCCUUGCGUCAGAAGAUGUGGAGGGUCUCCACCAUUGUUUCCCAGACCCACGUGAGUGCUUUGGAUGGCGGGUACACCGACACUACUGUGGCGGCUCGGUGGUUUUCCUUCUCCUGCCACCGCUCUGCGGGUAAGUGUCUCUGAAUUUCUGUUGAACGUGGGGUCAAAGUCCUUCUGAGAGCUAGUUGCGGCUUUGCAGCGCCGCUGGUGGAUGAUGUGCUGAUAGGCCCUCUUUGCACCGUCUGCUGUGGACCGGGUAUUGGCCCGUCGGGUGUGCCUCCUUUUUGCUUUAAGCAGCGGCGGGCUGUGGAGUGUUGCUCUCCGAUGCUGACGACGCUCGGGUUGACGACGUCGGGUAUGCGACGUGCGGCCUUGAGGUCUGGGUUUAGCUCCCCUCACCUCCUGCCGCCGUGCCCCGGUCAUUGGCUUGGCUGUGUGCUUCGGUGCCGGGCUCUGUGCAGGUAAUCUGGUGGGCGGUCGAGAGGUCUUUGUGGUUGCUCGGGUCUGUGUUAUGUCCCACCAUCUCAUCCAGAAGUGGUCGAAGGCCGCCGCUAUGUUGUCCUUGUAGGGGAGCUUGUUUGUCUGCUGCUCGGGUUGAGGCUGAGCGAGUGGAGGCCCUAGAGCCUGGUCGGCAGUCGCCAUCUUGGCCUCCGAGUGUGGGUCGCCUGUGGUCACGGAGGCUGGUAGGGUCCCGUGGCCCUGUAGAGAUUGGGCCGGGAUGACCCCCGCCGGCCCAUGGGGGGGGGAUACGGGCUCUCGAUCGCAGAGAUAGCCGGUCUUGGCAGCAGGAGGGCGGCCGUCCCCCCUGUGCUCGCCAUGUGAGUAGGCCCCGGACACCUGGCCCGUGGUUGUAGCUUGUAGUGUCCCUUGUGGGGUAACAUUUUGUUCAGCCUGAUGUUCCCUUGCAGUUGCUGGCCUUCCUGGCCCGAUCAAUCGCUUUUAAAGUCGUGGAAUUAGGGUUUUAGUACAGCUUAGUGCAGGAGCUCUUUUGAUACACGUCCACACGGCUCUGCGGUCAGGCCCCGCCCCCCAGUAAAUCUCAUUUAAACCAUUUUUAGGUAAACAAACGGAAAAUGAUAUUGUACUGCAAAAUGCAAACAAAGAAACAAAAGGCAAUGCACAUUAUCUAGGCCAGGGGUAGGCAUCCUUUUAGUAAUACUGUUCCAAAACAAGAUCUUGAAGUCUUUUGGGGUACCUGUCUUAUUUUUUUUAAUUGAGGUGUGCGUUCCUGAAUUGUGCUAGUGUUAUUUAUGGGUGCUGCAGUUGCUUUAUAACAUUAUGUUUGUGUGUUUGUGGGCUGUUAUAUUGCAUAUGUUCAUGAGUAGUUUGUGUUAUUGUGUAUGAUACUUAUGAAUGUGGGCUGUGGAGGCUGCUUGUUGAAUUGUGUGUCUAGAUGAUCUGUCUUAUUGUGUGUUUGGUGGUGUGUGUAUGUAUGUGUGGGGCUGCUUGUGGUGUUGUGUGCUUUACUCCUGUGUGGAUUUCCAUUCACAAGUGCUGGGAGAAAGUGAGCUUAGAUCACUUUCUCUUAGUGUGCAACGUGAAAUGCGGAACAUAAGGACUCUCCCCCACCAACUCCAAUUACCACUCAGGUUGUACUAGCAGAUAUCUGAAGUCCCACUGGGAUUCCUGAAAGGCACCUCGAGAGCCAUGCUUGGCACACUUGCCAUAGGUUGCUGACCACUGAUCUAGACCCUGCAAUAAGGUAAAAUUAUACAUUUGUAUAUUUAUUUUGCUUUGAUAACACCCACCUUAGUAUUUCACAUUGCUUAAAUGCAAUCCUAAAAUAAAUCCCCAAAGACAAAAUCCAAGCAAAAUAACCACACAGCUUUUUCUAUGCCUUGUUGAGUCUGCCUUGUAAUUUUUUUUUAAACAAAACAGUUGUAACAAUGAGAUAAUUGAACAUUGAAAUGUAUAGUAGGUACAAAGAAAAAGGGUCAAAUACUAGGGUUUAGCAGGGGGGGGGUUGACAGCUGUUGUAGAAGUGUAAAGUCAACCUUCCUUAUUUUGACACAUGAAAACUCCUGCGUUGUAGUAUGUAGCAUUUAAAUGCUGCAGAUAGGAAAUCAAGUGAUCGAUUAGUCAGGAUUCCUGAAACAUAUAAAUUAUGCUUAAUACUGGGCAAUACUUUUCAUAUACUGCCCACUCUGCAUUCUAAAAGUGUAAAACGUUCCUGAGAAAAGCAUAGAGAAGCAUUGGGAUGGUGCGUCGUGAGCAGGGCCGUCUUUAACGCGGGGCAAAAGGGACAGUCAUUUCUAGGGGGCCCAAAGCAACUGCCCUUUGAGCCCGCCGGCUGCCAUGGUGAGUGCGGGCCGUGUGGUACUACCACCGCGGGCCGCACAAUGAGGGGUCCCAUUGGGUGGCCCAUGCUCUUAGGGCCACCAGCGCUGCAGCACUUUAACAGUGCGACCGGGCUCCCUGGGGGGGUCCCAUUGGGUGGCCCAUGCUCUUAGGGCCACCAGCGCUGCAGCACUUUAACAGUGCGACCGGGCUCCCUGUGAUGAGGUCAGCGCUAGGAGGAAGUGCAGUCACUUCCUCCUAGCUAACACAGAAGAGUGCCGCGCGGGAGAGAGGAGGAGUGUGGACUGGGAGAGAGCCCAACUCCCAACAGCCUCAGACAGCCACUGGACCCCAUGUAGGAAACAGCAGGGUUACUGAAAUUGCAUAUUUUCCAUGUAUGUGUAUCUGUCUGUCUGUAUGUGUGUUUCUGUGUGUAUAUAUGUCUAUAUAUGUAAAUGCAUGUGUCUGUUUAUCUUUGUGUGUCUGUAUGUGUAUAUGCAUGUGUGUCUGUGUAUCUGUCUGUAUGUGUAUAUGCAUGUGUCUGUGUAUCUGUCUAUAUGGGUAUCUGUCUGUAUGUGUGUCAAGUGUGUGCCCCUCUGUAUCUGUGUGUGUCAAUGUUUGCAUCUAUAUAAGUGUCAUCCAGUGUAUCUGAAUGUUUGUCAUUAAGUGUGUCUGUGUACCUGCAUGUGUGUCAGUGUGUCUGUAUGUGUAUCUCUGUGUCUGUAUGUGUAUCUCUUGGUAUGUGUGUGCCCCUGUGUAUCUGUAUGUGUCUGUGUAUCUGUGCAUCUGUAUGUGUUACUGUGUGUCUGUGUAACUGCAUUUGUGUCCGUGUAUGUAUCUGCAUGUGUGUUAUUGUGUGUAUCUGCAUAUAUGUCAGGGUGUGUUUGUUUCUCUGUGUGUGUUAGUGUGUGUCUGCAUGUUUGUCGGUGAGUGAGUGUAUCUGUAUGUGUGACAGUGUGUAUCUGUGUAUGCACCUGUGUGUCUGUGUAUCUGUCUUUGUAUGUCUGUGUAUAUGGAUGUAUGUAUCUCUGUACCUUCUUUUCUCUUUCUUUUCUAUUUUCUUUUCUCUUUCUUUUCUCUUACCUGUGUAUGUCUGAGCCUGUGUAUGUGUAUAUCUGCAUCUGUGUCAGUGUUUGCAUCUGUAUGUGUGUCAGUGUGUGUAUUUUCUCUAGGUUAAAAAUAAGUGUGGCUAAGUCUAUGAUCUAUGAGUGUGUGUGUGUGUGUUUUUUUUUUGUGUUUUCUUUAUGUGUGUCUUUGGGUGGAAGACGUGUUUGCAUGCUAGAAGGUGGGAGGGAGGAGACCAGGGGGUCCAAGCUAAUGCUUGCCCAGGGGUCCAAUCAACAUUAAAGAUGGCCCUGAUCGUGGGCAUGCGCCUUUUGUUCCAAUUGCUUCUCUACAAGCAUGGGAUUGAAAAAAAGUCUUCAGACCUGAUGACUUCACAGAAUGCAUAGUUUCUGCAGAUAACAUUCUGUACUGGAGCUAAACUAAAUUUUUCUUACUUUGUUAUGACAAAUGGAGGUAUCAGUAAUCCAAACAAUAAAAAAGGAACAUUCUAACAAUAAAAAUAAAUAUUUAAUUUUACCAGUAGAGUGUUCCUUUAAAAUGUUUCUUUUUAGUAUGCCCUCCAUGUUUUUUCCCAGGGAACUUCAAUGGGGGUUUUUCAAACACGUUACUCAGUCGCUUAUGAUUUGUUUCAGUUCGACCCAUUAUCCAUCGAAAGCAAAAAGGCGGCAACAGCUGUGUUGAUGCUUCAGUCUCCAGAAGAAGAGAUUUUAAUCAAAUCCUGUGAAGCUUUAUACAAAUUUGCACAAAAAGGUGCGUAAUCCAGUGAUGUCAUUAAACAAUGUUAACCUUUAAUGCUUUGAGUGUUGUAUGGAGGAAGGAAAUAUAAUUUUUUUAAAAAGCAAACAACUAAUCAGACCACCAAUAAGCAACGCAGGGAGGCAAAGAUGGUGGGGAGGGCUGAAAUAAAAAAGGGAGGAAGAGGAUAUUGAAGCUUCCUCUUGCGGAAGUACUUCCAGAGCUUCGUUCAAGGGUAGAAACUGAUAACAUCUGUCGUCAGCGUACAGUGUGUGCUGACAACAGAUGGAAUUUUUGCACAGAAUUGACAUUAGACAGCUGGAACAAAGUUUUGUGGUGCAACUAUUCCCUUUUUUUUUUACACUUACUAAAAUACUAAUUACUUUAAUAUACCUCACAGUACAGGGCUCAGUACAGCACAAUUACAUAGCUCACUCCUGGCGUGCGCCACAAUCCACACAUAUAGCACACUUCAGCUGCAUGUUGCACUCAAAUAAAAUACGUUCUAGAGUGCUAUUCAAUAUAGACACACCGCUUUAUGGCGAAUUCCUUAAUACAAACACACUGCUCCCUCUUAGAGCAAUCCUUAAUACAGACACCCAGCUCCCUCCUAGAGCAAUGCUUAAUACAGACACACAGCUGCCUCCUAGAGCAAUGCUUAAUACAGACACACAGCUCCCUCCUAGAGCAAUGCUUAAUACAGACACCCAGCUCCCUCCUAGAACAAUGCUUACUACAGACACACAACUCCCUCUUAGAGUAAUGCUUAAAAGACACACAGAUCCAUCCUAGAGCGGUGCUUAAUACAAACACACAGCUCUCUCCUAGAGCAAUGCUUAAUACAGACACACAGCUGCCUCCUAGAGCAAUGCUUAAUACAGACACCCAGCUCCCUCCUAGAGCAAUGCUUAAUACAGACACACAGCUGCCUCCUAGAGCAAUGCUUAAUACAGACACACAGCUCCCUCCUAGAGCAAUGCUUAAAUAGACACACAUCUAACCUCCCAGAGCAAUGCUUGAUACAGACACACAGCUCCCUCCUAGAGCAAUGCUUUAUACAGACACCCAACUCCCUCCCAGAGCCAUGCUUAAUACAGACACACAACUCCAUCCUAGAGCAAUGCCUAAUACAGACACACAGCUCCCUCCUAGCGCAAUGCUUAAUAGAGACACACAACUCCAUCCUAGAGCAAUGCUUAAUACAGACACACAGCUCCCUCCCAGAGCGAUGCUUAAUACAGACACCCAGCUCCCUCCCAGAGCAAUGCUUAAUACAGACACACAACUCCCUCCUAGAGCGAUGCUUAAUACAGAUACACAACUCCAUUCUAGAGCAAUGCUUGAUACAGACACCCAGCUCCCUCCUAAAGCAAUGCUUAUUACAGACACCCAGCUCCCUCCUAGAGCAAUGUUUAAUACAGACACACAGCUCCCUCCUAGAGCAAUGCUUGAUACAGACACCCAGCUCCCUCCUAGAGCCAUGCUUAAUACAGACACACAGCUCCCUCCUAGAGCAAUGCUUGAUACAGACACCCAGCUCCCUCCCAGAGCAAUGCUUAAUACAGACACCCAGCUCCCUCCUAGAGCCAUGCUUAAUACAGACACACAGCUCCCUCCUAGAGCAAUGCUUAAUACAGACACACAGCUCCCUCCUAAAGCAAUGCUUAAUACAGACACGCAGCUCCUUCCUAGAGUAAUGCUUGAUACAGACACACAGCUCCCUCCUAGAGCAAUGCUUAAUACAGACACCCAGCUCCAUCCUAGAGCAAUGCUUAAUACAGACACCCAGCUCCCUCCUAGAGCAAUGCUUUUCGCUUUACGUUUGAAAUGAUCCACUGAGGCAACUUCCGAGCUACACCUCACGAGACCCUGAUGGGAGAUGGGACCCCCAUGUAGGCACCCCCCCACACUAGACAUCCCAAACCGAGCAUACCCCUCUAAUGGACGACACAGUGGCAGACCUACGAUACCUAUCUAAACGACAGAACGACAGAAGUACAUAACCCACGCUAUGCCAAAGAGAAGUGGGCAACUAGCUCGGUCAGGCACACGAGCUAUAGACAGCACACACAAACAUCAUCACUUGACAACGGACCACACGAUCAGUUUCACUGACUAAAUAUAAAAAUACGCGCUCUGAACAUAACCACUGCAUUAUGUACCUGCAAAUGACAAUUUAUUUAAAUGUUCCCUCAAAAUGUAAAAGAUUCGCUUUUUGUUACAUGCAGCACGCAAAAAAUAAAGAAUAAAAAAAAAAAAAAAAGAAGUUUGAAAUGAUCAAUAGUAGUUUCCCACUCAGACAUUCUAAGAAGUUUAUUAAUUCUCCCUUCCCACACUGGGUUUUGACAGCUUGCCAUAAUAAUAAUCUGCCAGCACUGCUGAGAUGAGUGGGAUCACAUUUUUAUCCACACACUUUGGACGACCUUGGUCUGAGAUAGGCCAUUAUAAUUGGUGUUUGAGAAGUGUAGCUAUUGAUUUAGCCAUUUGCUAUGUGGUUUGUUGUGUUUUGUUUUUUUCUACUGAGCUUUUGAUUCUCACACAUUACACGGAUUUCCAGGACAAUGUUCUACAAUAGCAGUGGAAACCAAUGGAAUUUACCUAUUGAUUUAUCUGCUUAUUUCUCUGCUUUUAGAACAAUGCCCCAGAAUUUCUCUUUGACACCAUUAGGGCUAGGUAUAUUUUUGAUUGUCACACCUUUCAGUACCAUGGACAGGGAGUACAGUGUGCAAUGCCAAGAGAGAUGAAUAUUGUAAUGUAAGUGAUUUUUCAAAAGAGUUACCUGAAGUUUGAGUUUAUUGUUCUAGUGACAUUGACAGCAUUUUUAAGCACUUAAAAUUAGUGCAACCCCUGGCAGCCUUCUGGCAUCAUGAUAUUUCUCCAUCUUUGACAGCAGUAACAUCCAAAUAAGGAUAUAAACAGCAAAUGGACAAAUUAAUAGCUAUAGCUAAGUCUUCUCUCCCCCAUUACAUAAAAUAUGGACUCCUCAUGAAGACAUGAGAUAGUAGUAUGUGAAAUAUUCAUGUUUUUUCUUCUGUUUUUAAAACUGAUGUGGGAGGCAUGGCUACUCCGCAGUGAGUUAUUAUCCUUUGUCAAGAAAUCUAUUCACAGUUUCAGCAUGUUUACCCCUAUACUACUUUGCCUAGCAUGUCUUCUGGCUUUACAACUCACUUAUAUAUGGUUACACUUAGCCUUUAUCUUGUUUAUUAGCUAGGCAGAUCUGACCCUUGCUUGUUAUUAUUAAUAUAUAUUAAAAAAAAAAAAACUGUGCCUGACCUAAAAUGCCAGCCACUGUAAAGAUCUGUGUGAAUAAAUCACCAAGUUAUUUUGUUUAUUUUACUUUGCUCCAUUCGGUAGCUGUAACGACCGAACACUGACCACCCCCCUGGCUCAUUAACUUCAAAGAGAACAGUCGUUUAAGCACUGUCCCUGUGUGGCCGCCAUUCGUAAAGUCGAACGCCAUGUGUAUGAGAAAACGGUGGCCAUCUUGAUCGCAUGAAAGGAGGCAGCGGGACUUGGUCGUCGAAUGUCUGGAAUUAAAAUCGAACACUCGACUUCACGAACACCGGUCCAAAGUGUACGAAUACCUGCUUCCUUUUCCUGAACAGCUAGGAGAGCACUGUUCUAUAGUUUUGUUCCCACAAACUAGGGGAACAAUCGCUACUAAGAGCCAGGGGGAGAAGUUCGUGCAUUUAUUCAGUUUUUCAGACUUCACGAAAUAGACCAGCCAAACCACUAAAACUUAUGAAACUGUUUUGGGCAGGAGCCUCGUGUGCUGCCAGUCACGUACGACUUCCAUAGAAUUCGAAAAAAAACCUGAACUGAUCUGGGUGUUUUUUGGAUAUGUUGGUCACCCAGAUCAGGGCUAUCAGGGGAUAAGACAUUCGUGGGAAUAUUGUGUGUUUUAGGGUACAUUCCAAGUUUUGGGGAAAUUGUAAUUUUUCUGCCUGGAGAUAAUUAAGUUAUUACUUUAUCUGACCCAAUUAUCUCCAGGCAGAGAGGAGGGGAUUGUAUGUUUGUACUGGGAGUGGCACAGCCCCUGCAUUAUUAUUGGCUGUAUGCUUUGUGUUUCUGUCCCCCACAAGGUCCACGUGGGAGGUCCGCUUGCAUGGGGACUUGCAUAAAAGCCAGUGUGGCACCCAUUAAAAUUUAGUUCUGUUACACCCUUCAUCUAGUUUCGGCUGAUGUUUGGGUACCUGUCUGCUUUACUGGGAGAAUCUACUUGGGAAGCUGUUAUUUUGUAUGGAGAUUCGUACACUUCAAUGCCCGAGCUGCGAGCUAUAAUCACGCAUGCUCUGGCAGUUCGGGAGGAAACAGACAAACGGGUAUAGGUUAUAUCAGUGUUCGUUACAAUCUGUAUGUAUAUUAACCUCGCUCUUGCUCUUGUGGCAUUGUAAGGCUGUUUGUUAUCCAGUGCACUACCAAAAAUAAAGAUUGACAAAAAAAUAAAUAAAAGAUGCCAAGAUAUGUCAUAAAACACCCCUAAAAUUUCAGCAAAACUUUUCUCAGAUGCCCAACAUAACUUUAGUAAUAAAUAUUUAUGAACUAUUUAUGAAUUAUAUAUUAGUGUUUUUUUAACACUAUUGAACUUCAGAAACAUUUAGUGUUUCACAGGGCUAUCGUAAUGAUUAAGGAGCUUGGACUAAUUUACCAAUAACUAUAUUGAUGUGCAAAAUAACGGGGCGCAAGAGUAUACUGAGAAUGGGCAGCAGCUGAAAUAUCCUGCCCUUCGGUGGGUCCCUGCUCAGAUCUCAAGCUGGUUUUAGCUCAUCUUGUGCCAUUACAGAGAGAACAUCUCUGAAGCAUAUCAGACUGGUCCCACCGAUAUGGGCAGUCCAGAUCCAAAAUGCCAGCAAGUUCCCUCUGCAUGAGAGACACAGCAACCCCAGACGAUCGUUUCAGCCUUGUGAGGCAUCAUCAGUGAGGCAUAGCUAAUAUCUCUCUAGGCACAGUGAGCAAGGGGUCCACGUCUGGAUUACCCUUUAAACUUAUGGAGAGCAAAACAGGGCUCACCUCUCUUGCUACCUAUUUUUCUCUCCUUAACUAUAUUGAUGUAUUUAAAUACACCUUGACAUAUAUGAGUUGAUCAUUUAUAACUGCCGUCAAAAUAUAUUUCCUUACGUUUUCUCAUGCUAUGUUACAAGAAUUAAACAUUCCCAUUAUAUCACUUUUUAUAAAAAGGCUUACUGAACUGUUUAGAUAUGUAUAUAAACUUGUUCAUAAAUGUCAGCUGUUAGGUUUCCUAAACUAGACUAGUAAUUCUGUUUUAUUACUGCACUUAAGGAGAUGAAAAUAAAGUGACGCUUCUUGGACUUGGCGCAAUGGAAUCUAUUGCAAAACUUAUCUCACAUGAAGACAAAGUAGUCCGCAGAAAUGCCACAAUGGUGUGUGGUGUCAUGGCUGCCAACAGUAAGUAACCUAUUUUACAAUUAUUUGUUGCAUUAACUAUACAAUUUAAGACAUUUUAAAAAGUUGUCUAGUCCACUACAUUAUGAGUCAGCCGGGUAUAGGCUUCUCCCUACAGAACAGUAAGAUAAAGAAUCCAGGUGUCACGAUCUCUUACCUUAUUCCAUCACGCCCAGGUCGUGCAUGAUCCAGGGCAGACUCCUCUUCCAACGAGUUCAGCAUGUGCCACGCUGGACGCUGGAGUCACACCCCUUUUUAUGAUGCGGUCCUGCGUCAUCAAUACCGGCCCAGAACGUUUUGGGGGCGUGGUCUUAAAGCAAAAGACACUCCCUUACAAAAGGGGCCUAUUUUGCCUUGUUCCUUGUGUUCCCCUUAGGGCUCUUUGAUUCUCCUUGCGUAUUUACUAUUGUUUCUGUGUACUGACCCGGCUUGGCUUUUGGCGUUUCUGUUUUCUGGUUCCAUGACUCGGCUUGUAUUUUGACCUCCUGAUUGCUGGUAUCCUGACCUGGCUAUUUCUUGUAUCGUUCUCCUGAUCUCUGGUAUUCUGAUUUUUGGCUAUCCUCUGACUACUCUUUUCUUCCUACAUUAAGUCCGCCCAUUCUAAGGUUCGGUAAUACGUGCUUGGGUUUUCUGUGGGUUUACAUACUGCGUGUUGGGUUAUCACGCGACCGUGAUACAAGGUAUGUUAGACCUUGGUCAUCACAAUUAUGAUGGUAAAUGUGUUGGCAUUACGUUUUCACUUGCAAAUCUACUGAAUGGAACCAGGCAGCGUUCCAAAUGUAGGUUCUGCAGUGAUGGGAGAAUUACGGGAAAAUAUACUUCAUCAGGGAGGUCCUGUACUUAUUACUGAGUGCAUGGGGAAUACACAAGGUAUCAGCAUUGAAAUUAGUGGAUUGCUGUAUCAGAAAUCCCAGUACAUGUGUUUUAAAGAAGAUCUACUAAGAAGAUCUUAAAAAAUAUUUUUGGGCUAAUUUGUGGUGUCUUGUUUAGAAAUAUAAGUAAAACAUGAAAACACCAUACGUAUUAGCUUUUCAAAAUAGUUCCUUUCUGAAUCUAACUUUUUGUCCUUUUGGUUUUCGCUAGAUGAUGUCAGAAAAUUGCUUCGAAAGUUGGAUAUCAUACCUUCACUAAUUGCUCGUCUCGCACCAGAAGGUAGCUUUAAUCUGCAAAAAAUUUUGUUAACAAAUCCAACCAUCUGUUCAAGAAUUUUGGAUAAAAUGAGUAACUGCAUACAGAUAUUAUAUGAACUGAUAAAUAUCCCUAGCACUCCUCAAUGUGCUUUCAAAACAGAAUUUUCAAAGCCUGUGAUUACCUCUUUAAGCUCACUUAAUUAUUUUAAAAAUGACAAACCACAAAAAAAAAUGACAUACUCUUUCCAGUGAAAUAUCAGAGGCACAGAAUAGGUGAUUAGUUUUUAUUAACAGACAACAUGAACCUUCAACUAUGGGACAACUAAUAAAUUAUACAAGUGGAGUAUUUUUUAUCUGUUUUUAAUGGUUUUAUGUCUGUCCUUCCAUCUGUCUAUCUAUUUCUCAGGACUUAAGAAACAUGCAAAUCUUUAUUUGGCAUGCCAAAAAAAAUGAUGUAGCUGCUUAAAUACAUGUUCACAGUUUGUGUCCCCUAUAUCUAUAGUUAUACAUUCUUAAGAUCUAUUAUUUAAGGAAGUGUCAGGUGUCCUAUACUGUAUGUUGUUUUUUUUUUCUUAUGCAGAAGAGAUAGUGAUUCAUGAAUUUGCCACACUUUGCCUUUCUUAUAUGGCUAACGAAUAUACCAGUAAAGAUCAAAUAUUUGAACUGAAUUGCUUAGAAUCCAUCAUCCGACUUUUCAGCAGCAAUGAUCCUGAUGUUAAGAAAAACGCUGUUGAGUGCAUCUAUCUCCUUGUACAGGUAACGUAUUGAAGAUGUUUAAUUUCUGUUAUUGAAUUUACUCAUUUUAAUUAGCACUUUUAUGACUCGCAUGAAAUCUGUGAGCUCAAUUACGCUGAAUACAUACGAAAUACAGAACUGAUCAGCUAGGAGUGUAAUAUGCCUUUUGAAAUAUGUCUCAAGGAAAAGUAUGGAAAUGGCACAAUGCAGUAUUUCUCUCACAUUAAAAAGUAAUGAAAUCAAAAGCAACAGGGAAAAUGCAAAUGUUAAUGAACAUCAAAUAUACUUGUGUAUUUUUAAAAUUUGUUUUAAUAUAAUAAAUAAGCUAAUGCUUAAACAUGUGCAGACACAUACAUGUCCCUAAAAGGAAUAGUUUAAUGCUUCAAUUUAAGUUCACAACAAUUUGUGUUUCGAACAGUAUAUUUAUAGAUAUAUAUAUUUUUUAUAUAUAUAUAUAUAUAUAUAUAUAUAUAUUCUUUAUUUUUGCUGUGCAUAAGAUUUACAUGUAUUCUUGCACAGCCACGACAUCUUUAACAAGUACCACGAUAACAAUCAUAAUAUACACUAACAUGGCAUACUGAGUAACUGCACAUUUUUAUAGAAGUAAUCUCAGGCAAAAUGUCAACAGGUUAUAGGAACAAGCUACACCUUUUAGCCUAUCACCAUAUCUGGAUAGUCAAUAAACUGAUCUGCACACCAGUCAGGCCAUAAGACUUGCAUCUCCCACAAAAAUCUCAAAUUUGCAGUGAUGUUAUUACUGCAAGGGAUUCUGGGUGGGCAUAUGAAAUUAGGUCAACAAAGAAUACAUUUUUUGCCUCAUUACAUUUUAAACAUGGAUCCCUUAGAGUUUGUGUUUGCUGUAUACAACAGCUUUAAACACAACUCAGGAAGAGAUACAAAGCCAGUGAACCUCUCAUGGACAUCUGUUUCGUUGUUAAUGCAAAUCAUCAGCAUGGGGUUGGUUACUGUCUUGCUAUUGAGGCUUGGCGUUACUUGCGAAGCACAAACUACCACUUGCAGUAGUAACAUCACUGCAAAUUUCAGAUUUCUUAUGGCUUGACUGGUGUGCAGAUCUGUGUUUCACAAUAUAUUGACUAUCCACUGACCUCAGGUCAAAAUCACAAUUUUCCCCCACUAUAACGUUCUUGGUUUGUAUUCCGCAAGUAUCGGAGACAUAUCAAGACAAAAAAAAUUCAGUUUUGAGUGCAAAGUGCUAAAUGUCGACAAAUUUUAUGAACCUAGUUCUGUUUUAUUUUCUGAAAAGUAUUUUUAUUAUGCAUUUCAAUCUUUAUUGCAUCACUGCUCUUUUGUUUAUAUGACCACUUUAAUAACAAAAAACAGCUGAACUGAAAAUGCAGAUUUCUCUAGUUUCUCUAUUUUCGCCUAGAAUUAGAAAUUUUCGUCAGAUUCCUGACAAAAAACAGCUGAACUGAAAAUGCAGAUUUCUCUAGUUUCUCUAUUUUCGCCUAGAAUUAGAAAUUUUUGUCAGAUUCCUGACAAUUCGUUGAAUAAUCCCGAGACAGUUAUGAGAAAAACAGAUGGCAUAUGAUAAAUUUAGUUAUGCUGGUAUUCGCUAAAAAUAAAAAGGAAUUUAUGGAGAAUUAACUCAUUGCAAAUUUUAGGAUGAGUGGCGAUUCUGAAACAUGCUGUAAUGUAGAGGAUAACCCCAAUAGUUUCUUAGGUGAAAGCUGUGAAUUAAGGAAUUAUUUGUGAAAAAAACAUUUAAUCAAACACUACUUUUUGUACCAAACUUCCUUAUUCCUUUAUGCUUUUUUGCAAUUUUUUAUUUUGCCGCAUUUAAGCAGAAGUCAAUAAACGCAAAAUCUUAACCCCUUAAGGACACAACUUCAGAAAUAAAAGGGAAUUAUGACGGAAUAUUUCCGUCAUGUGUCCUUAAGGGAUUAAUGCACCAAAUAUAUGUAAACAUAUGUAUUUUUAUAAUAUGAAAAAAAAGAGGGUCAAAAUUAACAAAAGUAAAAAUCAUAUGAGAAGAAGCAGUAGAAAUGUUAAAGAAUAAGGGAAGGAAAGAGAGAACAUAAGCCAUUCCAUACGUUUACCUAUUUUCAUAUAAAUCAUUAGUAAUUUAGGAUAUUUUAUAAUAUAAUAAUACACAGACCAAGUAGAAUUGAAAGAUGUCUAUUUGCAUGCUGUUGGUUGUCGUCAAUAUAAAUUGUGAAGAGAUCAGUCAGUAUAUUUUCGUGCUGCCUGCUGAACGUGUAAUGUUAUACUAACGCUUUGAUUCUCAGGACUUCCAGAAUCGCUCAGCAGUUUGUGACUUGAAUGCUAUUCCGCCAUUGCUGGAGCUUCUAAAGUCGGAGUACCCCAUUAUCCAGCUAUUAGCCCUGAAAACCCUCGGCACUUUGAGCUGUGAAGAAGAAGCUAGGAUAAUUAUGCAAGAAAAACAAGCAUUGGAUCACCUGCUAAAAAUCUUAGAAGCAAAGGUAUUAAUAUGUGAAUGAUAUUUUAUGAUAUUUCACUUCAUUAGCACUCAUAUAAAGGUGUGCAUGUACCUUACACAGGGUUCAAGUCAUCCAUUCUGCUAAGGCAGAACUUAAAGAAAGGUUAAAGGAAGAUAAUGUAGUAAAGAAGUAAUCUAAUACAACGUGCUUAAAAUGCACAAACUGCAUUUACACGCAAAUAAAUAUAGGGAGAACAGUUAUUAGAAAAUCCUAUUGACUGUGUUCACUUUUCUUUAUCCAUCUGUAAAUCAUAAAAUAUCAUGGAUAUUAUAACACUUUAUAAAAAUGUUUUCUUUGUAUAAAAAUAUCCUGUCAAGGUUAAAAGCGCUAGAGAUCCAACUAAAGUAUCACAGUAAAUCCUUAUCACCCAGCGUGUUUCUUGUUGUUGUAGAAGGAUAUGCAAUCAUUCAUCAAACUACUGUCUUAUAAAAGCUAACGUUUGUAGAAUUUGUAAAAGCCCCACCUGUUCAUUAGUCAACGUGUCUGCAUGUGAUCACCAUCAAAAACAUGUCCAGUUAUGUUUGCUCUUCCAAUAGAACGUAUUUGCUACUAUGUACAGCAGGAUCAUUUCCUCGUGUGUUUCAUAGUGGUACACAUCUAGCUCUAUUAUUGUGGUUGCCAAUGAAUAAACAGAAUUGAGUUCUUCCUUAUAUAGUGCCACUAUGUAUCUUCUAUCUACUGGUUAAGUCUUUUUGCUUUAGAGGCAAGAGAUAUGUCCUUGAAAGUUUCUAUGGAUAGUGUAGAACCUAAUCUCAAGAGAGGCACUGGUAGACUAAUUGCAGUGCUGUACCCCCACUCUCCCCUCCUCCCCACCCUCCCGAUUUUCCCUGAGAGUUAGCGUGUUAUUCCACCAUGAUUUUUAAUAUUAUUAAGGAAUAUACUCAUUUGGUUGUAGUCUCAUUAUAUGUGUUUUGUGCAGGUUCAUAGCCAUUUAUAUUAUCAGUGAAAAGACUUGCUGAGCAUCAUGGGAAAUAUGAUCCACAAAAACUUGGAGUUUUGUGAUUAGAACUCAGUGAAGGGCACUCAGAAUUGCUUAUGUGGAGCAUAGUAUUGGUUAGUGAUUGUAAUGAAUUGUAAUCUGAAUUGCAAAUAAAGGCUAAAACAGGCAAACUAUAGCUGAGUUUGAAUCUAUUUCAAAUCAAUAAUUGUUUUGAUUUACUGUUUGGAGUUUAACCCAAAUAGUUUCAUUUUUAGAGAGGUUUGCCAUAUUUCUAUGUAAUAGUCAUCGACACAUUUUUCCUAACCAUUUCAAGUCCUUAAUCUCCUGCCACCUUCCAUAUGUCUGUGAUCACAUCUCUCGCUGUUUAUGUUUGGACUUUGUGCCCACACCUUUAGAACUACUUUUAGUUUUGUUAAUCUAGAGAGGAUCAACUAAUUAAUAUUCACUAAACAGUGCAUUGUAGUCGGCUGCAAAGGGAAUUGCUAUUUUUUUUUAGCUUUUUGUCAUUUUGACCUAAUAUUUGUAACUCUUUUGUCUAUUCACCACAAUACACUGUUUAGUGACUGAAUGCAAAUUUGUAUUUUGCAAACUUCUUACAUUACUCAUUCACAGAAUAAGGAAUUGACCAGCUUCUCUGUUAUGCUAGUUUAGAUGCUUUUAUAUCAUGAAUAGUAGGCCAUAAGAUCUCAUCUUAUUCUUUAUUCUGUUAUUCUCUGAGCUGUUUGGAUUCAUAAUGAUGAAUGUCAAAAUAUGAACUAUAAGGACAUUGUAUUCAUAUCAAAACAGUGCUGUUAUUAUAAUAAUUAUUAGAAAUGAGCUGUAUGAAAAUAAAGUGCUCUUAGAACAUAUAUGAUUAUUAUGUUAUUAGGAGCUUAACGACUUACACGUGGAAGCACUUCUGGUUAUUGCCAAUUGUCUUGACGAUGUUGAGACCGUACAAGCUCUUCAGCAAUCAGGAGGACUUAAGAGAAUACUGACCUUUGCUGAAACAUCUCCAAUGCCUGAUAUACAGAAGAAUGCUGCUAAAGCUAUGGCUAAGGCAGCUCGCAAUGGUAUGUGACAUUCAGCUUAAAAAUGCCUGUAGAACCAUUCCAAAUUAUACAUGUGGGUAGUCUCAAAUCAGCUCCCAUUUCAUCUGCCAAUGGUUAAUGUCAGCCUUAAAAUAUUGUGGCAUCUUCCAGUGGGAUUAUUUACUAAAUUGAGAAUUCAAGCUGAACUAUGGCAAUAUGAAGAGUAUGAAAAACCAUGCAUAAUAUUUUCUGUUAAACACGUGGCUGUGCUAGUAAAAAAUACAUUAUGAUAGUCACCGGUUACCAAUUAUUUUAAAUAAAAUUACCAAUGCAAAUUAUUACCAAGCUUCCAUUUUCCUUAGUGAUGACAUAUAUAUAUAUAUAUUUAACUGCAUAUCUUUGGCUUUAAGUUGUGCUUAAAAUAUGCAUAUGUAAAGUGGAGCUAUAUGGUAGGAAUUCGGCGUGAAUCUGUAACAACACAAGAAUGCAGAAGGUGGCAUAUUUAAAGAAGAAGAAACUCGGAAUAAGAUUGUAACCAACUGAGGAAGUCCCUUUGCCGGGGCAAAACGUGUUUUGGACAUUACUGGACUAAUCAGUUUACCAGGGAAUUCACCAUCUGACUGAGAGUUCUAUACAGAGGGGACCGGAAAGAACAAGGAGUUGACCAUCCUUAAGUGCCAUCUGCGUUUACCAUCCAAGCCAUAUGUACCUAAAUGGCUCCUGACUUGUGAGUGAGAUUCCUAUCUUCACUAUACCACAUAUCAUUGGUUCUGGCAAUGCUGCACUGUUGUUUUGCAUUCUUGUGUUACAGAUUCACGCCGAAUUCCUACCAUAUAGCUCCACCUUAUGUAUGCAUAUUUGAUGUAUUUUGUAAAGGUGGUUUAGGGGAUUACACGCAAGGUGUUUUUGAGCUCACCAAUUAUUUCUCCUUAUUGUGUAUUUGUUUUAUGAUUAAGUUGUGCUUAUACAGGGGAAAUGAUAAUACAAAGGACUGAACCUCAACCUUGACAUGUAUACAUCACAGCAGUAUACGGUAUUAUACAGAUCACAGCGUUGAUAGGAGUAAGUCCAAUUGAAAAUACUCACCCCACCCAUAUAAUCGGAGUCAACAACAAGCUAAGCUGUGUGUAUAAGGAGUCAAAACAAGCGAAGCUGAGUGUGUCAGUGAGAGUGUGUGUCAUUCUUUCAGUAUGGGUUCAGUUCUACAGCCGUUAGAAUGUUAGCUAAUUCACUCUUUAUUGUUCUCCAGAACGGAAAAAUUAUUUAGUAUGUAUCAUGUUUCAAAUCCUGUACUAGAGUCUGUGACUGAUGCUGUGCAGCAUGGGCCCCCUAAUCUCAUUGCAGCAUCUGGAUCUACUUAUCCUGGCCUUACCAAGAUUAGUGGGAGUUACACUGUUAGACAGGUGUUAUUUACAGCUUUACCUUAUUCCCUCUCACCUUAAUGAUGUGCUCAUAAAGAGGCUGGAGUGACCAAAGUCCUAUGAUUCUCCCUCCCAGCCUCCUUUCCUACCAUAAGGGAGAGGAGCGGAAUUGGGGACAGCAGCCUGAAAGAGCACCUACUGCUCAGGAGUGCAAUCUCUGACCUAAGAUUUAUGGAAUCCUAACCCUAACGUAUUUAUUUGAAAGGAGCGAUUAUCUGGGUACAUCUACUAGGUUUGUAAAUUGAAUUUUCCUUAAAGGUUUAUCAGUUGCUGUUAUUUCUUCCUUUGUCAUUCUUUCUAUUUAAUUGCCUAAUAUAGUAUCAUCUAUUGAAACAUAAAGAGUAACUUGCUUAGGAUAACUGCACAUAGUGCUGAUGUAUACUCACAGGGUUAUUUACUGGUUCAUUUUUGAUAAUUCAAAGUGAGUUUCAAGUGUUAGACUCUAAACAGUUGAACAGUUUGGGUUUUUUUGGCCUACAAUUCCCUUGCACUGCUUUUAUUCUGCUGCAUGAGAAUAAGAAUGGCUGUUCCUUGCAUUUUUCUUCUAUACCUGCUGCAUUGCAGAACACUGAAUUCUAUUUAUUUAACUAAACCUGGAUUAGCGAUUGUUUACGGUAAAAUUCUUGGUUUAGGAUUUUUGGUAAUGCCUUUCUGCUGAGUUCUGCUUUCAACUACAGUUUCUCCUCAAGUCAGCAGGAUCCACAAACCCAAGACUUAAAUUCAAGGUUAAAUGGAUCAAAGUUGCCAUUUUAUUCACAGUUACCUUUUGUUGGUUAUUUUAAGGGAUAUUAAAUAUAUAUGGAAUUUUGCAGUCACACCGAACUUCAGAAUUUUUACUUACUCUUGUUUUUUCGCUUGUUUAAUAUUGUAAUCAGAAUAUAUAUAUUUUGGGUGUGUGAACAUGCACAUUCUUCAUGGCUGAUUAAAAUGAAUGCUUUAAUAAACAACUCUUUCAGGACCACAAGUGGUGUGGACGGACUUCAUAUGUUUGGUUUUUUUCUUUGGGCUUAAAACUGGGAUAUUUAACAAACAUAGUUUUCAAUUUUAAUAUUUUUGGAUAAGCUUAUGAAUAAUUUAAUAAUUUUAGAUAAACUUUCAAAAUGACAUAAACACUUUUUAAAUAUAAGAAAUAUAUAUACACAUAUAAAUCAAAUUAUCAAAAAAUAUCCAAAUAUUACAAUGUUUUGCAAAAAAUGUAAUAAUUUUUAAAAGUUUUUCUAAAAAUAUAUAAUCAUGUGAAACGCUUAUCCAAAAAUAUUAAAUCAAGGCCACAAAGCUUUAUGAUUGCAAUGCGUACCUCACUGGUUCUGACCGUUUAUAGUAUUCACUAGACGUUAAGUGAGUAAUAAUUUGUAUUUUCUUGUUAUUUUUGGGCUUGGUUUUUAAAUGUACCCACUCCCUGUUAAUGAGUUUUCCUUCCUGUAGUGCUGCUCAGGGGGUGUUGGGGAGCACAGCUUGGAGCUGGAUGGCCCACAGCAUGUCUAUCAAGCUAAUUGCCAAGAACUAUUGAUCUCAAGGCAAAUGUCACUUCUCAAACUGUAACUGUACUUUCUCUGCAGAACUAUAAUAUGCUUCUUUAAUUAAUGCAGAAAAUUACCAGAUUUUACUAAUAACAUGACGUAAAGUCAUGAUUUUAUAAAGGAAACGGAGGCGAGUAUUAGGCUUCUCUCUUUCUUUUAUUUCCUCAGCAGCAAAGAAAAAGCUAAGGUGUUUAUUUGUAUAGGAAAAAGAAAACAUACAUAACUACCCUCACAGGGUUAACAUUACAUCACCAACUUCCCACCAAUAGGAACAGUCCUUCUCUCAUAUCCUCUCCUGUAUCCUCCUCCUCUUCCUCUUUCUUGGUGUUGCCGAAGCUACAAUGUCCUCAACAGCGACAAACUAUAACUUCAUUGUAAGAAACGAAACAGAACAAACUUCCGGAGCACAUCGUCUUUAACUGCGUGAUCCGGCCUCUUCAACGAUGCGAAUCUGGAGGACCAAUCAGGCUGAAAAGGACAAGAAAAAACAAUGGUAAAAUGUGUCCUUGCCAACUAUUUUCGUUUCAUCACUCAUUACAAAAAACCGAGCUAGUCAUGUAAUCUUGUACGUAUCAACCUACAAUCGUCACUCGUCCGUCAUAUUAAUUGAAAUACCCAACUGAGCCAAUGAUCACUCCCACCAAUACCUUAUCUAUUACGUACCUGGGCCGGGAUACCCAUUUCCAAGCGUUUCUAAUCCGGGUGGGCUAAUACUCGCCUCCGUGUCCUUUAUAAAAUCAUGACUUUACGUCAUCUUAUUAGUAAAAUCUGGUAAUUUUAUUAAAGGACACGGAGGCUCAUAUUAGGCUAGUUUAAAGCUGCGAGAUAACUACGCUGGACACGUGCUCUGUGGGUCGAAAGUAAUAUUCCUUAAACGUCGACUCACGCGACCAAUCCGCUGUUCUCAAAAGAUCCUCCAAUCUACAGCCCGAACUGAAAACUUUGGACGCCAUAGCGCCCCUGGUAGAGUGUGCCCCAUAGACAGCAGUAUCUAUGUGCGCCAUUGUCAUUACCCAUUUCACCCACCGGGCGAGAGUCACCGUGGAUACCGGAUGAUGAGGUUGAUGAUGAGAGCCAAAAAUAAUUCUGGGUGCAUCGGAUUCCUGAAUCCAAAGGUUCGUUUCUCGUAUUCCCGUAGGCAGUCUACUGGACAAAGUUUGAUGUUAUGUGGAAACGAGGGAUAAGAAACUGAAGUAAUUGCUGACUUAGUACGCCUGGAGAUGUUGAAGGAGACUCCCGUGGGGGUAAAGGAGCGUGCCGUAACAUCCAGUGCUCUAACAUCUGACACCCUCUUGCAGGAAAUCAGGCACAAAAGCAUGGUCAGUUUCGCUGACAAUUGUUUAAGCGAGAAUGCAUCAUUGUGUGGCCAAGAUUCCAACAAUUGUAGGACUGAAGUGACGUCCCAUAAUGCCGUGUACUUGGGUUGCGGGGACCGUGCAAACCGAAUUCCCCGUAGGAGACGGCAUACCGGCAGCUGUUGUCCCAUCGGGGUUCCAUCUAUCCCUCUAUGUCCUGCGGAAAUCGCCGAUCUAUAAACAUUAAUGGUUCGGUAUGCGAAGCCUUGGGUGUACAGGUCAGUGAGGAAACGUAACAAAGGAGCUAUAGGCGCACAUACGGGAUCCACUCGUUGCUCCAGGCACCAACGACUCCAUCCGUUCCAGGCAUGGAGGUAGGACCUUCUAGUUCCGGCGCCCAAGCUCCUGCCAGUAACUCGAUAGUUUCUCGUGGAACAUCUGGCACAACCCAGGGUCCCCGGAAAGGAGCCACGCCACAAGCUUGAGCUGCCCUUGAGCCAGUAAGGGAUGUGGAUUGCCCUCCGGGUCCGAUAAAAGGAAUAAGGCAUCCGGGAGUAAUCGCAGGAAGUCCACCGACAUCUCCAUGAGUGUUGGAAACCACGGUUGAGCUGUCCAAAACGGGGCUACGAGGACCAGUGUUGCUUGGGUCCGUCUGAGAUGCACCAGUGUCCGGGCUAUGAGGGCGAACGGUGGAAAGGCGUAUAAUCGGCCGUCCGGCCAGUGUUGGAGGAAAGCAUCCGUCGCCAGUGCGUCCGGAUCCGGUCUCCAGCUGAAGAAUGUUGGUAAUUGGGAGUUCAACCGAGAUGCGAACAAAUCGAUCUGCAUUGGGCCCCAGAGCGUCUGAAGUCGUAAGAACACAUUGCGGUUCAGCCGCCAAUCGCUGGCGUCGUACAGAUGUCUCGAAUGCCAAUCCGCCACGACAUUGGAUAAACCCGGAAUGUAUUCCGCCUGUAUUGAAAUAUUGCGAUCCAGGCAGUAUUGCCAGAACUCCUUGGCCAGGUCUGUCAAAAUCUCUGAUUUCGUGCCACCCAGGUGGUUGAUGUACCGGACCGCUGAAAUGUUGUCCAUGCGCAGGAUUAUGGAGCAAUUUGUCGCGCCCCCGAGAAGGCUCUUCAGUGCAAACGACCCCGCUAUCAGCUCCAAGCCGUUGAUGUGUAGGCUUUUUUCUGCACACGACCAUAUUCCUCCGGUGGAGAUAGGCCCGCAACGUGCUCGCAUUGGACUCGAGGAUGAAAUCCGGGGCCGUCCCAAAGAUUGCUCUGCCGUUCCAUGCUUCCAUAUGACGCAGCCACCACGUGAGUUCCUGCUUGGCUGCGCAAUCGAGCGGCACUGAGUCUGAGUACGAGUGCCCUGAGCGCAGCUGUGUGGCUUUCAGUCGUUGUAGGGCCCUGUAAUGGAGUGGACCCGGGAAAAUUGCCUGAAUGGAGGCCGAUAGGAGUCCGAUAAUCCUGGCCAACUGCCGUAGUGUCAACACUGGUCGUGUGAGCGACCUGCGGAUCUCCUUUUUUAUACUUUUGACCUUGUCCGUUGGUAGGCUGAGUGUCCCCGUGACUGCAUUGAUAUGGAAACCCAAGAACUCUAUGGUUUGAGACGGUGUCAGUACCGAUUUCUCCCAAUUGACGAGAAAUCCUAAGUUUUGGAGCAACGUCAGUGCCCAUGUCAGGUGUUCCCGCAGUUGGGAGAUCCCUUGCGCCAUGAUCAGCAUAUCGUCCAGAUAGAUGAUCAUCCGGACACCCCUGCUUCGGAGCAAGGCGACCACCGGCUUCAUUAAUUUUGUGAAGCACCAAGGGGCCAAUGAAAGACCAAAGGGGAGACAUCGAAACCUCCACGUCACUCUGUCCCAUUGGAAUUGGAGCAGCCGAUGGCACUCCUCCGCCAUCGGGACCGUGAGGUAGGCAUCCUGUAGGUCCAGUUUGACCAUCCAAUCCCCUAGUCUGAGUAGGUCCCGAAGGCAAUGGAUACCCUCCAUCUUGAAAUGGUGGUACCGUACAAAGGCGUUUAGUGGGCGCAGGUUGAUGACUGGGCGUACUCCGCCACCUUUCUUGGGUACCAAAAACAGGUUGCUCGUGAACCCAGGAAAAGGUGACGAGGCCUGAUAUAUGGCGCCUUUUUCUUGUAAGGCGGCAAUCUCCUUGUCCACUAAUCCUCUGUCUUGUGUUGAAAAAGCUAUUGGGUGUGGCCUGCCUGCUUGGACAGGGGUUUGUACAAACUCUAUGUGAUACCCCGUGACAGUAUUGAGGACCCAUGCGUCCGUCGUCAGGCGUUGCCAGUUCCCCAGAAAGUGUGACAGUCUGCCCCCCACAGUCGGUAUACCCGGGGAGGGGAAACUUAGCACACUCACCAUAAGGACGUCGGCCGUAAGAAUUGCCCCUGGGUCCUCGCGGCUGCCAUGGCCUGGCUCUGACUGGAAAGAAGGGAGAAGGUGCUCUAGUCUCCGGUGGCUGGGUUCGAACCGUGGCGGGACCUCUGUAUCCCCGGUAGGAACUGCGGGAGGAGCGGCCGGGCAGACGGCCCCGGUGUCUGCCGGCCCCGCCAAAAACUCUGGGGGAGAACACUCGUUUUAAGUUCGUCUGUGCCUUGUCAAGGGCCGUAAAGGUACUCACGUACGUGCCCAAUUCCUUAACGAAACUGUCUGCGAACAGGAGGCCCUUGGCUUGCGGUCCCGGUUCGGAGAGGGCCAUGUUAACCAGUUUGGGCUCGAUUUUCAUCAGAAUAGUCUUGCGCCUCUCAGUGGCUAUCGCAGCAUUUGCGUUGCCGAUGAGGCAUAUGGAUCUCUGGGCCCAGCCCCUAAUGGCCAGAAUAUCAAGGGGUGUACCUUCAUUUAAAGCCUCCUCAACCAGUUCAAAUAUUUUGGCACUAGGGCCUAGUGUAUCCAGCACCUUAUCCUGGCACUGCCGCAGGGAAUAAUCAAGACCCUUUUUGGCUUUCCAGCCCGAUUUCCCCAGGAACUGCGCUAUUUUGGGGUCUAUGUCUGGUGUGAUGCAGGCCAUGUCGGGCACUGUCGGGCGCGGGCACUCCGCCCGCAGUUUUUGUCUGGCGGUCUUAUCUAAGGGUUUACGGAUUCUGGCCGCAAUGUAUCGUGCCACAUGGUCGGUUGGGUACCACUCCGCCGACCUAGGGUUCUGCAGAGUAUCAGGGUCGAACAGAGGUUCACCCUGCGGAUCCAAUAUGGCGGAAUCAUCCGCAGUAUCAUGCAAAGGGUUAGGCGGGUUGCGUGCUGGACUACGGUCGGGGGAGGACACCUCCCAAUCAUUGGAGUCAACUUCAUCGGACUCGCUCAAAACCUCCUCCGUAUCCGAACCAGAGUCAGAAGCGUCAGUUUGGGCUUUUGCCCACUUCCAUGUCCUCGCUGCUUUUGCCCGGCGGGUGGCUCGUUUUCGUGGGGGCCCCACGACCUCAGGUGUGACAGGACGUACCCUGUCCGUCAGUUCAGUUUUGGAGGUGUACUUUCCCAUGUAGUGGGUUUUUCUCACAGCCUUACGGCCCUCUUUCUGUACCAGACCUUCGUCUGUGACCCUGCCCAGGGCUCCCUUCGGGUUGGCUGCCUUAAUAGCAGUGGAAAUAGAGUGGGAUAUGUUGUCAGACAUAUCCCCCAUUGCGGUAUAGAUAGCCUGCAAGGAACGCGGGCAAACCAGAAAUAUACCGAGGGAGAAUCCCUCAAAGACAAAGCUAGCUAGAAGAAAAAUGCAGCAAAAUCAAGUAUCAGCACAACAAACAGUGAAGAACAUAAACACAUAAACUAAACAGUCACAAAAAGGAGUCAGAGAAAAAACAGUGAUACUUAGCUGAGGCAGCAGCAAAGAAAGAGGAAGAGGAAGAGGAUACAGGAGAGGAUAUGGGAGAAGGACUGUUCCUAUUGGUGGGAAGUUGGUGAUGUAAUGUUAACCCUGUGAGGGUAGUUAUGUAUGUUUUCUUUUUCCUAUACAAAUAAACACCUUAGCUUUUUCUUUGCUGCUGAGGAAAUAAAAGAAAGAGAGAAGCCUAAUAUGAGCCUCCGUGUCCUUUAAUAAAAUUGUGAAUAUCUUGAUAUUUUGCUAACUGAGUGAACCUAAAAAGUUUGUAUUAGCACUUUCAAGAAAUCUGAAUUUCCUGUCUGGAAUAGUUUGCGAUAGUAACAAUGAAUAAACAUAUCAGUUGGAAAUGUUGAUCCAACUUGAAAAAAAUUCUUCUAUCUCACUUAUUCAUGCUGCUCAGCUCUUCUGGCCAUAAAUUUGUAUUUUGCAGUGCUUGCCGGGAAAUACUUGUGAUCUCUGCAUGGGAGUCAUUUAGUCUCUUAAAAUGAGUGUUGUUUCUUAUCCUAAUUUUUACAGCACCAACAUAUAACGCAGCACAUUACAGCUUUUAAUGGUGAUGCAUAACAGCAAGUCAUGCGUACUGUAGUCAUGCCUGAGGCAGAUAUCACACACUUCGUUCUAGCCAUACACAAAUGAAUGUGAUUGGAAAUGUGAUUGGCUGCAAGCGGACAGCUGACACUCUCAGCCAAUUGCAGGAUUGCUUCCUCAUUAGCCCAAGCAGCACAGAGGGGGGAUGGACUGCUGAGGAUUCUCUUUUUGGCAUUAAAACAUUAAAAUUGUUUAAUGCUGAAUGGAAGGAUGGCGUCAGGGGAUUCCAGACACUAAAACACUUCAGUGAGAUGAAGCAAUCACUGUGCCCAUAGUGUCCUUUGAAGUUAUAAUUUUGGUUUGUUCCAUAAACCACACAGCUAAAAGUUUAUUUCAAGAUAGCUUCAUAAACAAUAAUAUGCUUCAUAUGAAGGUAAGAGAGUAGCACCCCACAGCAUUUUCCAGUAGUAUAUGUAACUAAAAGCAAGGAGAAAUAUAUGGUGUAGUACAUGCAUGUCAAACUCAAAGGCUAACAUGGGCCAAAAAAACAAGGUUUAAGUUUAUGUGGGCUGCAAAAAGCAAAACCUGAGUUUUCAUAGAAAUGUAGGUUUAUUUAGAAAAGUACAGUAUAAAAAAAGUUGCCUAAGCGUCAUUGAACAUCCUCACGCUCGUAAGACUUCAACGUAAACAAAAGAGCGAAUUUAUUUUAAGGAGACUGAAUUUUUCAGUCCAACUACAUUGACUACAUUGAAUUUUUCAGUCCAACUACAGUGCAGCCAAUGAGCAUCUCCAUGGGGAGCGUUCAGCGCCUCCAUGCAGACACAAUCUAAUACACUGCCCAUCCCCCCCCAUUCUAAUACACUGCCCACAAAUCCAAUACAUUGUCCCAAAACCAAUACACUGUCCCCACUUCCCUCCACUCUUAUACACUGCCCCCUCCCCCCAAUCUAAUACUCCCCUCCCUCCCCCCAAUUUAAUAUAUGGCCUCCCCCAAUUUAACAUGCUGCCCCCCCUUUCACCACUCUAAUACACUGCCCUCACCUUCCUCCAAAUUAAUACACUGCCCUCCCUCCAAUUUAACAAUCUGACCCCCUCCCACCACUCUAAUACACUGCCUCAGCCUCCCACCACUCUAAUACAGUGCCUCCCCCUCCCACCACUCUAAUACAAUGGCCCCCUCCUUCCCCCAAUUUAAUAAUUUAAUACACUGGCCCCCCUUCCUCCCCCAAAUAAAUACAUUGCCUCUCCAGUUUAAUACACUGACCCCCUUCCCUCCCCCAAAUUAAUACACUUCACCCUCCCUCAUUAAAAUUAAUACACUGCCUCCCCUCCCCAAUUUAAUACACUACACAGCAAGGUCCCCCAAGUCCCUCUUCUCCUACCUUAAGAUGAGCCGCCCGUCCUCCAGUUCCAGCUCUGCUCAAGCAGGCCAGAUGCUCUUCUGGCACUGCGAGCAGGAGACAGACACUGUGCCCUCUUGUGGCUGUGGUAGCACGCGAUCGGCAGUGGGAGGGAAGACAAGAAUCAGAGAGGAAAUAUCUUUCCUGUCUUGCGGCUGGUUGCAGCCACAGCACAAAGCGGCCCCAGGGCAAGUGGCCGCAAAUGCGGCCUGUGGGCCGCAAGUUUGACAUGCUUAGUUUAUUAUUUCUCGCACAGGGUAAGAAUAAAAAGGAGAUACACUUAUAAAUGGACGGAGCUGUCAAGAGCUCCACUUGUAUGUGUUUGUGAGCGUGACAAUCCCCGCUUAUGGAUUCUAUUGUAUCUUGGUCCCAGUUAGUGAUCUAGGGUAAAUAGAAUAAAAACACACAUACUAUAGUGCAGUAUGUCUGAAUAAGUAAAAUAGGAUAUAAAUGCACUCACAUAUUAUGGAAAUAAAAUAGAUAAAAUAUAAUAGGAUACAUAUUCUUCAGUAUACUACAUUGUUGUAACAUACAUUUGGUGACUUUCAAAUAGAAUAAUUUUACAAAACAAGCUAAUUAUAUUUCCUUUAAACACUAUAUCCAGUGAAUAAGAGCAUUCUAGUUACCUAUUGCCUAUGGCUGUUUGUGUUAAAUUCCAUUGGUUGUGAUUCCUGCCAUUAGAUUAAAAUCUUGGAUGGUUACGUAAACAGUCAUUGUGCUAUUUCUUUUACCCAUUCAUUUUAACCUGCUUUGUUUCCCUUUUAGCACCAAAAACAUUGCUGUACACGAUGUCACGGUUUGUUUUUUUGCUAGUUGUAGUUCAGACAAUAUUUCUACAGCAAAAAUCUGGCAACUAAAAUUCAGUACCACUGUUGUAGCAAUAAAGCACUGGUUAUAUGGGCGAGCCUGGCAAAGUUAUAGAACGUUAGGAAAGUUAAAGUACUAUAACCACUAAACAUCAAAUCAUUAACAUUAACAAGCCUACAUAAUAUGUUUUAUUUCCCCUAUAUUUAACACACAUAUAUGUGUGAGGUAUAAAAAUGUGUGUAUGUAUAUACAUAACUCUGUUCCUGUACAUCCAGUUGUCUGGUUACAGUUAUAUGUCUGUUAGUCCACCCAUUGUUCAGCCCUACGGAAUCUGAUGGCGCUAUAUAAAUAAUAUAAUAAUAAUAAUAAUAUAUUUUUUACAGUUUUUAUUUUUCAAGUCACUAGUGCGUAGCAUAACAAACAAGCUUACUUAGACAUUUCUCAAGAGUAUAAAUGACAAUAAAAAGGUAGAGAUGUAUCAUAAAAUGAAUCCUUCAAUGCUUUGUAUAGUAAAUGAGAAUACCAACACUCUUGGCUUGGGAAGAGAACAGAAAUUAGGUAUGUAAGUAGCGAGGCAUAGAUAGACAUGUGUUUAACAUAUUAGGAAGGCCACUGGAUCCGAGCUCACUAUCGUGACACUGCUCCCUACUAUCUAAAACUGAGAACAAUAUACUGAAACAGAAGUAAAAUAAACAAAUGCAAUGAAAACAAUGCCUAAUUAAGCAUGUAAGGACUCAAGAAGGCUAGAUAAUUAGGGUAGCAUCCACUAAUCGUGGCUAGACCCCACAAAAGUAGCUGUUAGGCUGCCCGAUUAGUAGGGCUGUUUUCAGCCAAUUCCCAAAAUUGGAAAGCACAUGUGUGCAGAGGUUGUUGAAGGUAGUGCCACCACAGGUACGAGUCAGGGCGUCCCUCCAACCAAAGGCCUGUAUCCUGGCCCGCAUCUACGAACCACGAAAUCGGGGGCUCAUAGAGUCAAAGUCCUUCCCUGAAGGGGAGUAACAGAAGACCCUGAUAGUGUGUAACCACUGGCUGUGGUCAGCCUUCUGUCCAUGUGGACAAUGUGGUGGGUUCUCACCCCUGAUUGCCUCGGCACAGGUAGGCUAGUAGUAGUAGGAAUUUGCAUUUGAGAAGGCUGUUUGCCAGAAAGAGGCCCACUCACUCCCUGGAUCCCACUCCUCCAAUCACCUACUUGAGGUUGAAGCAACAUGGCUACCUGACGUGCCGCCAAAGAGGCCCAGAAACAAUCAAUCUCCUCCUAUCACCUCGUGAUAUUCCUUCUUGGGUUGCAUAGGAUUGUGACCAUGAGGAAGAAGUGUAGUUGCCAUCUUGGUAGAACAAGCUCCAGUUAGAGAUUGAGCAGGUAGCGUUGUAGAGAUUAAUGCUGAUGUGCAUCGUAAGCCAGUGGGGAAUGGGAUAACCCACCCCAGUCCAGAGGGGGGAGGGGUUACAGGAUAUCUCCGUGAGGAUGCAGUUUUGUGCAAAACGGGAGACCGGCCACCUUACCCGUCUGACAGGUAUACUGGGCCUCUCUGGAACCUCACGGAGAUGCAAAGAAGGCACUCCUAGGGCAGCGUGGCUGGCUUUCCCCAAAAAUGGAAUUAACUGUAGAAAUACACACCUCUUUAUCCUAUAACUUUGUGUAGUUAUCUUAGCUGUCCUUAACUCCUGGCAGUCAGCAUAGAGAAAGCACAUAUAGAAGAGAAGACUUUAAACCAUCAGGGUUAUUUAUCAAAGUGUUUUUUUUUAAUUUUAAAGGGGGAGGAGUCAACAAUGUUGUGUGCCUGCUGGUACCACUGGUUUCUAUGGUCAUAGCCCCACUUUUAUUAUUUUAGACUCCUUUUUAAAACAACACUUUGUGUCUAUUCCUCCUGUUUGUUUGCAAUGUUUGCCUUGGAUGGUUUGCCUGGACUGAACUGGCGUGUUAUGUAAUCUGCCAAAUCUUUUCAUUUCAAAGCAAGUAGAGCAUCACAUGAAAAAAAAAGCAUGUUAAAAGUAGAUUUUAUUAGUGUUUUAUUCAAUGGUGUAAUUUCCAGAUAUGUAACUGCCCUUCUUAAAUGAGCUGAAUCACUUCCUGCUGUGGUGAGAUUCUACUGUAGAAGCCUCACAUCCUGUGUAUUUUGUAACUGCAGUAUUAUCAUGAUGUUUAUUAUUAAUAAUGUGUUAUUUUUGCAUAUACUUAUGAAUGCAUCACCAAUAUAAAAACCAGAAUGGAUCAUCAAAGGUUAUAUGUCACUUUAUAAAUAGGAGUAAAAUUCCAUUUUGGAAUAAACACCAGAAUAUUUAUUGAGACACAAAGGAAAAAUGCAUCACAAUAAAAGCUGGUAUACAUCAGACCAGUCGUUCAUAGACAGAAUAUCGCAUUGUGUAUACAAAAUAAUAAUGCCUCGUUUUACAUUGUUUAAGAUGUCAUGUAAGUUAUCUCGAGAGCAAGUGCUAUGUAAAAAUAAACAACUUGUUGCAUUAUUAGGUGAGUAUGAGAUAGUUAUGAUAAGAUGCACAAAGAUAAUUGCACCGUGUUAAAGCAUGUCAUAAGGUAAAUUAAGUAAGGAAGGGUGCAACAGACAAAAUGAACAGUGCAUAAUUAUAAAAAAAUAAAUAUGGAACUGUUAUCUUUUGAUAGCUGUUGUUUGUCUUUGCUCCCUAGAUGAGAUUAGGAGAUUCUUCCAUGAACAAGAAGCUGAAACAUCUCUGGUCAAGAUGCUGGGCAAUGAGAACGACAGUGUCAAGGCUGCAGCUCUACUCGCUAUUUCUGUUAUGUGCGAAAACAUGGCGAGCAAAGAGAUCUUAAAUAGAAACGGUUAGCGGCAUGCAUUACUAGUAUCGCUAAUACUGAACUUACAUAUUCUACAAUAUAAGUAAUGAACAAUAUGGCUGUCCCCGAUUUUAUCCUCUAAACUGGUUGGAAAAAAAUAGAGCAUUUGCAUAUAUAUGCACACAGAAACACACAUCUGGCAUGUGUGUAUAUGUAAAUAUAAAAGUGCGUGUGUGUAUAUGCAUAGAUAGAUUACAAUAAAGGUAGAAAACUAGAACAUACAUUUGAGGCAUUGAAAACAUUACUAGAGUCAGGUGCAUCAUUAAGACAAUGAAAGUGCAGUCCAGCAUGGGUCUGAGAAAAUCCAGUAUUAUCUAAGCAGGUCUCUCUUUAUUCAAGUCCAGAUAGGGUUUGGGAAUGAAAUACAUACUGAAUGUUGAAGCAAUGGAGUUGCCAACAUGGUGUGCCCUAAAUUGUGCAGUUCUGGGCAAUUUGAACUAUUGCAGUAAAACUCACAAGGUUGUCUCUUGAAUUUUUAUUUCUUUGAUCAAUCCCUUAUUAAUCCAAGUUUGUGCCCAAAAUUGCUGAUCUUCCAUAUUGUUAGCAAUUUUAGCCUACAGAGUUCGAUGUUUAGUCUACGGUAAGUUCCAGGUUUUCUCCGAAAUGGACAAUUCGGUAUGUUAACUAACACAAGUAACUUGAGAACUGACUUUCAAACCUGAGGCUCUUUUUGACAAAAUCUCCACAUCAGGUCUGUUUUUGUUUUAUUUUUUUUCAAGUCACUUGUCAUGUUACCACAACUCAACCCCAAUAUUUCAAUCCAGGUUUGAGGUUAUCUUGUUGCCUAAAAUUGUAAUUUUCAAAGUCAACACAAAGGGCAAGAUCAGGCUGUGUAAUUAUUUGUGCAGUGUGCAAUGAAUUGUUCAGUACUUUAUUUUUCUAAGCUAAAGGAACACUAUAGUGUAAGGAAUAUUAAAUUGAAUAUUAAAAAAGGGGGGAGAAAAAGUUUAAACCUACUAUUUUUCCAGCGCUGAGACUGACUCGGUGCAGCCGCCAGCCCCUCCUCCUGCAACAUCAUCUGGCAGGUGUUGCUUAUUCGUCGAAUCCAAUACUUCUCAUAAAGGAGCAUUGGGAAUGAGAAGAGCAUGCUUUCUAUGAGAAGCAUUUAGAGGAGGUGACAUGUGAGUAACAAGCCUCGUCAGCACCUCUAGUGGCUGUCAGCAGAACAGCUAGAGUUGUGUUUGGCUCUGCAGUAAAAACAUUUUUUGUAUCUACAAUGGUGCACAUUGCAGAGCUAAAAUGACAGAGGCACUGCACCCAGAACACGUCAUUGAGAUUAAGUGGUCUGGGUGCCUACAUGUACUUUUAAGUUGCUCAUGUAAAUGUAUGCCCAGCAACUUGAGCGUUAAAUUCCCAAACCUUUUAAAGUUAAAUAUAAGUUAUAGCUCAGGGUUUAAACUUGAAUGGGUCCGUCUGCACCUGGAGCAUAUCUGAGAACCAUAAAAUUAAUUUCUCAUGAUUUACUGCUUUUGGGAUAGACAACAUGGGUGCAUUGAUGUGGGUGUUUGACCUUGUGUGCAGGGCCGGCGCGUCCAUAAGGCGGCACAGGCGGCCGCCUUAGGGCGCACCGGCCCGGGGGCGCAAAUGUCCGGGUGACCGGCAGGAGGGAAGCGCACAGCUCCCCUCUCCUGCCGGUCAAAGCACAGUUUAUGGUACACAUGUUGGGAAAGUCCUCCCAAGACUAGUGGGCAGGACCAGCUCCUCCAACUCCCAACUACCUCAGGCAGCACUUUGGAUCCCAGGUAAGCCCCCCUCCUGAACCUGUUGGUCAGUGUGUCUGUGUGUAUCCAUGUCUGUCAGUGUGUGUGUGUAUCCAUGUCUGUCAGUGUUGUGUAUCUCUGUCAGUGUAUGUGUAUAUGUGUAUGUGUGUAUCUGUAUGUUUGUCAGUGUGUUUGUAUAUAAUAUAUCUACACACUGUACUAUGUCUGUCACAGUCUACGAAUGUGUAUCAAUCACACCAACCAACAUUAUAUAUAAACACACACCUACGUUCAAAAACCAACACUACACAUAAAUGCAUGCUUGCAUUCAAAUGCAAACACUACAUACAAACACACCGCUACAAUCAUACAAACAUACUCCAUACAAACACAUGCUUACAGUCAAACACACAAAUACUGCUCCAUGCUAAAUACAAUACUGCAAGCAUGGGGAAUCGGUAGAGCCCCAGCUUUCAAAGCAUUGUUGAAGUUGCACGACAGAUGGGGAUCUAUCUUUUAGCCAUCCUGUGUACAUACACAGACCAUCAUACAGAGACAUACAGUAUGUAUGUCUCUGUAUGACUGUGUGUAUGUAUUCAAAAGGAAUAAACGCAGUCAACACUCCAAUAGUACGGAUGGUAUAUUUAUUGAUAGGUGAACCACCCCAAAGAAAGUGCGUUGUUUCAGCUCAGCAGAGCCUUAUUGCAUGAGCUGAAACAUCACACUUUCUAUGGGGUGUUUCACCUACCAAUAAAUAUACCAUCCUUACUAUUGGAGUGUUGCCUGCGUUUAUUCCUAUUGAAGACUUUACUGGUGGAUCCAGCGAUGUCCGCCUGACACGGAGCAUCCACCACUGUUGAUGGCCGGAGCAUUUACACGGUAUCUGUGUAUGUAUGUCUCUGUAUGCCUAUCUCUAUGUUUCUUUAUGUCUGUCUGUAUUUCUGUGAGGGCCUGUGUCUGUAUGAAUGUAUGUCUGUGUUUGUAUGACAAUGUACCUGUAUGUGUAGAUUGUAUGACUGUGUUUGUUUGUGUGCCUUUUAUGACUGUGUGUCUGUAUAUCUUUGUGACUGUGUGCCUGAAAAAUUAUGUCUGUGUGCUUGUAUGGUUGUGUGUCUGUAUGUUUGUGUAUUUGUGCAUGUAUGUAUUUUUGCCUGUAUCUAUGUCUAUGUGGAAGAAAAAGAGAGAUAGAUAGGGGCUGGCGGGGAAGUAAGAAAUACAUAAGAGGUGUUGUAGGAGACACACUAAAGGGGGGUGUAAGGCACAAAGGGGCCAAAGGGAUAAGACAUUCAAGAGAGUGGAUAUGCAACACUAAUGGGGGUAAGAAAUUCAAAAGGGGGCUACGAGACACAGAGGUGAAGAUGCAUUGUAUUUUUUUUUUUUUGGGGGGGGGGGGCGUCAAAAUGCAUCUUCGCCUGUGUAGUCAAAAAUCCUAGCACCGGCCCUGCUUGUGUGCAUGCUCUCGAUUGUUUUAAUAAAGACAAACAUGGGCAAAUUUGGGAAAUCUAAGUGUAGGUUCAGCCUCAUAGUUUUUAGUUUCGUUGUGUCCUAAAUUUGGUACUCAGACACCACCCAAUGUAUCUUUAAAUCUGUUUCCAAUAGGGAUAUCUCAGAUAGUUGCUUUGUUGAAACGAGAAAAUGACGGAGUUAAGGAGGCAGCAGCGUUUGCCUUGGCCAAUCUCACCACUGCAUAUCCAAACAAUGCCAGGUAAGGGAGCACCUAUAUAAGGAGAAAUUAUGGCAAAUUAUUUAACCCUUUCAGAGCUGGAUACCAAAACCCUUUCUCAAAACUUAUUCUAAAGUGUUAAAAGAUAUCUCACUGUUAUCUGUUUAUACCUUGCUUUAAGCAGAAUCUGAGAUAGUAUGAUGCAUUUUUCUGUUUCAUAUGUGUCUGCUUUCAUAUUGUCAAAUAAUUAAAAUCAAGCUCCUUGUCUGACUGAAUGAGUAAUCCCUGUCAUCCUCAUCUGCCUCUUUAACUUUUUUUAAUUGAAAAAAUGGCAUAACAAUUAUUUGACACAUGGAAUGAAUAGGUGGAACAUAAUUCAAAAACAAAUCUGCAAUUGCAUAUGUUGAUUACUGUUCAUGUCUACAUUUUUGAAUUAUGUAAAUGUUUUUCAUUUAUUCAUUCAUCCUUUGCAGAGAGAUUUUAUGGUAUACUUUUCUUUCAAAAUUUCUGACAGCAAUGGUGGGUGGCUUUUACUACCCCUGUGCUCCAUGCAAAGGGUCUGAACAGAGACCCUGAUGAUGCAUUUGUUGUUCUUCCAGUGCUGGUUUGGCAAGAGAAAGGUAAGAUGGGCUAAAUUACCCAAACUGGAAGAAUAGAUGAUUUGGAGAAUUUUUCCAAUUCGGGAAUUUUGACCUACAAUUUUACAUUUCCUGACAAUUCACAAUUUAGUGAUUAACCCUGCCUGGAAAAACAAACAAACAGUUAAAGCGACCUUUAUCACAAAUUAUUGCUGUUAUCAUACUUUCAGCCAAUGCAAUUAGGUCUUCUUACCAUCUCAUCAAGAGCUAGAUUCUUAUCUCAUUUACAAGUUUGAUGGAAUUCUUUCAUGAGAAAUAUAUCUUGUCAUUUUAUCUUCCUUUGUAUGGUAGUUUCAUGUGUUUUAGUGCAACUGACACCAUUUUUUUAUUUUUCAGAGUUUAUUGGUGUAGCAUUACUUAAUUUAUUGACUUAAUCUGGUUUCUCAUGAAACUGCUGCUGUAACUAGCUCUUAAUAAAGUGGCACUAUCGUGAUUCUUUUUUUCUUUCAGUUUUCCCUCCCUUAUGCAUAUUUUAUUUUAUCUUAAUGAUUAUAAUCCCCACUUGCCUUUAUUUAUAUUUAUUAUCUUUUCAUCAUUGCACCGGAUAUCGAUAUCUGGAUGCUGCCAUUUUUUUCUACUUUGCCCAUGAUGUCUGCAGUUUUCCCGUCUGUGGGAUUCUUUUGACUGAUGGAUUGUGGGUAAAUUAGCUUACAAUUUUAAAUGGAACCUUGCUGAAGCUCCAGUCAUUGUCAAAGAUUGCUAGAGAUCCCACUUUAUCGACUACACGCUAUCUGUGGCAUCCUGACCCUUUCUUACAUAUGCCUUUUGUCUCAGUGAAAGUUAACAUUAGGCCUUGCUGUAUUUGUUCAUCAUUCUGUUGUUUCACCCCUACCUUCUGAAUAGGUUAAUUUUGGACCACAAUUUGUGAAUAAACAUUAACUGAGGAUAUUAGUUCUCUAUAGAUUUUAGAUGGUUUUAGAAACAUAGAAUGUGACGGCAGGGCCCAUCUAGUCUGCCCAAUUUUGUAAAUACUUUCCCCUGGCCUUAUCUUAUAGUUAGGAUAGCCUUAUGCCUAUCCCACGCAUGCUUAAACUCCUUUACUGUGUUAACCUCUACCACUUCAGCUGGAAGCCUAUUCCAUGCAUCCACUACCCUCACAGUAAAGUAAUACUUCCUGAUAUUAUUUUUAAACCUUUGUUCCUCUAAUUUAAGACUAUGUCCUCUUGUUGUGGUAAUUUUUCUUAUUUUAAUUAUAGUCUCCUCCUUUACGGUGUUGAUUCCUCCUUUAUUGUGUUUUGUAACACAUAGAUCUGAAUAUGAUCAGCAUUCACAACAAUAUCAGUUAAUCAGUCUUGUCAGUCACUGUUUGGUUGUGUUCAUCGAAAAUGUAAAAGGUAAUAGUUUGUCUUGGUUUAUCUAUUGGUGUACUGUGCUGCACUAUUGUGAUUGUAAUGGUUGGGUACAUGACUCUAUGCUAGUCAUGCAUUUAACCUUUCCCUCUCCCUUUAAACGAAUACUCAAAGAAGCAUAAUCACUACAAAAUAUUACCCGGGGUCCACUACAACCUCAGUGAGAGCUAGAAGCUCUCUGUCUGAGCCAAGCCUGAUGGUACAAGGCUUAGUUCAUUGGCUGAGAGUGAUCAGAUGACUCUUAACUCAGAUUGUGUAGGUCGUGGUGGAGAGGUGCUAAAGAACUUUCUAAAACAGAUGAACUCUUUACAAUGGAGGAGGGGGCGUCAAUGCACUCCUGUGAUCAUGACUACUGCACCAUGUUGUAAAGGUUACGGAGUUUGGUGGGUUCCACUAAUAAUUAUUUCACUGUAUACUUUGCCACACGCUUCCAAAAAAAUGAGGUUUAAUUAAAAAGAAAUACUGGAUUAGAGUGUUUUAAGCUGCAUAACUGUGGUAUGUGGAAAGUUAGGGCAGCUAGAGAAUUAUGUAAAGCUGUAUAUGAAGGACUUAUGAAGCCUCAUAUUUUAUAAAUAGUCUGUUUUAAAUACUACUUAUUAAUAUAGAUUAAGUGGAUCUAAUGGCAAAAAUUACAACCACAGCUGGUUUAAUAAAAUGCAUUUCUUUAAAGUUGUCUUUCAUUUUUUUGUUAGAACUUUACUGCCAUCUAUUGGUCAUAAUGCGAUAUUUCAUUUAUUGAAAGCAGCAAUCAAACUUGUAAGUCUAGAAUUGUAAUUUGUACUCAUACUGUUAACCCAUUUCUAUUUGGAAAUAAAUGAUUUGUAUUCUAGAUCUCAUUAACUGUCCGUUAGUUUAAUCACACAAAGAUGCAAUCCCCAAAUCAACUUCACACGUGCAGUUUACAAACAUAUAUAUUACUGCUUUAAAAAUGAACAAAGGGAAACUAUGCUUUAAACAAACUAAAAAAUUACACCCUCAUAUGUUACAUUGCUUUUCUUUAAAAGGGAAAUUCAUGGUUGGAGGUCUUCAACAUCUUCUAAUUACUGUAUAUAUGGUUUUAUCGGUGAUCGGUUUUGCUGAAACUUCUUAAUUAUCACCUAAAGAUUGUUUUCCUUCUUUUAAUUAGAGCUGUAGCAGAAGCAGAUGGUGUUAAUGCCUUGAUUAAUCUUCUGUCGGAUAAAAAAGAAGACCCUGUAACAAACGCAUGUACAGUACUAAUUAAUAUGGCUACCCAGGAACCUCUACGAUCCAUUAUUCAAACCCAUGGUGUAAUGCAUGCUCUUGUCGAACCUUUGCGCUCUGCUAACAAUAUGGUGCUCAGCAAAGCUACCCUCACUGUUGCAGCAUUUGCAUGUGAUGGAGACUCAAGAACAGAGGUAAGGAAAUGUCAAUGACCACAAGCUAGCUUACACAUUAAACAUUGUUUGUGCUCAUACCUUCUCUGCAACUCUUCCCUGCUGACUUCUUCUGUUCCUUUGCUACUAUCAUCUUCUAUGUUCCCUAAUUUUGUGGUUCAAGGUGAUAUUUACUUUCAUAGUUAUACUUUUAUAUAUUUUAUAUAUUGUAUACCUAUAGUAACUUUUUCCACAGGGAGUCACUGUAUUGUUCUCAGAUCUAUUUUAUCUGAAAAAUGUUAAAGGGAUACCCCAGACCCCUAAACAACUUUACUUUGCUGAAAAACUUUGUGUGAAGAGUGUGUCCUCUCUUUUUCAUUUUGCAAAAAGUGCAGAUUUCAAUAGAAAUUUACACUUUUAUAAAUAAUCUGGUUACACCCCUUGGCUUUCAAGCAGACAACAGGUCCUGUUACUUCCUGGUUUUGUUAGCUUAAUGAGGCAGCAAUUUUUCAGAGGACCUGACCUGCAAAGACUUCUCAGUGAGCUGCAUUGGGAAGUCUGUGAUUGGACAGACACAGAAAUUCUGGGUGGGGUUAGAAGGGGAGAGCUUGGAAAAGCUGCAGACAAGAGAGCUGCAGCUUUUGCAAGUGGAUUUUAAAUCUACCCCCACUGGAAAAAUAAAUAAUUAUAUGCAUGCUAGCAUUUGGGGUAUGUCUACUAAACAUUGAUUUUUAUUUAUUUUGUGUUUGGGCAGUGGAGUGUCCCUUUAAUGAUUUAUUUUUCUCAUUAAACCAGUAUAUUUAAUAUUUUACCUUCAGUAACUUCCUUGCUAAGUCCAGAAAAUAAACACACAAGUUCAUAAUGUUCAAACUGUCACAUAUACCCUGCUGCUGCUGUUGUUACAGGAGUUUUUAAAAAUAGAAUGCUUGUUUUAACUUCUUUAUGGUAAAAUUAUGUCUUCCUGAUUCUCCAAUGCAGUAGACUGUGAGCACUGUUUUGAAGCAGUCUUUGACAAAAACCACUUCUGCAUUAGCAAUUUUGUCCAUAUUUACUUUGAGAGCAUCGGCUGCAGUGCUCGGCCAAUCAAUGCCAUGCAAAUGUAGAUAAACUUGAUAUUGCUAAUGUAGAAGGGAAACUAGCACCAUAACCACUACAACAGCAUGUAGGGAUUAUGAUACUUAGAUAGCCCCUUUACACUUAUAGCUCCCGUUUCACAAAAAAGCUCCCUUUGAUCACUUUAUCACUAGUGGAUUUCUAUUACACCAAAAUAAAUAAUGUGACUAAACUCUCAGAUCUGACAAUCUGAUAAUAUGUAUUUCAUCAAAUCACCUUACUAGUGAAACUUUCCAUAUCUUAUCUGUUCUUCCAAGUUCUGGGCAAAACUUAGUGUCUGGGAGGUGGUCUUUGACAGGACAUAUAAAUAUCCCAGGGAGGGUAAGAGAUCUCCCCCUGAAGUGUUCAAGAAAACCCCCACAAUGGUUAGAAGGAAAUGCCAAACUAUAGUGUGCAAAUUCAAAACUUGGUCCCAGGGUUUGAGCAAAGAAAAAGGGGAUGAUGUAGUUUAGAAUACCAGCCAGGGACAUUCUAUCAGGUAAACAUUAUCGGUUACAUUGACUGAGUGGAGUAAAGUAGGUGGGAGGAGAGAAAAGCAAUGUGUUCUUUUAACACUCUAAUUUGUGAAAGUAAUAUUUACUGUGAAUAUUUUGUUGAUCGUUGAUAACAGUAAUGCAUUAUAUUAACUGUCUUGGCAAAAAGCAAAAUUAAACAGAAUUUUUCCACGUUGCAUUUUCCCUUCCCCCCCCCCAUGAUUCAUUUCUAUGUUGUUGUUUUUUCAAUUGUGGGUGGUUAGGACAUUUCUCCCUUAGUGAUAUCAAGGGUUAUAAUAAGCAAAUGUGUCCAGUUCUGUCUAUAACUAUAAACAAUACCCACAAGCUACAGGUUUGCAUGUAAUCUGCAUAUGUUGUGCUUAGUUCAGAAAUGCAGGUGGAUUAGAACCUCUUGUGAAACUUCUUUCCUCCAAUCAUGAUGAAGUCAGGAGAAAUGCAUGCUGGGCUCUUGCUGUAUGUGCUAAUGACGAACUCACAGCAGUGGAACUGUGCAAAUUAGGGUAAGAGACUCUUGCAUCUAAAUGAAUAAACAGCUUGUUAUAGUGGAAUUUUGUAAACAGAAGAGAACACUUUUCAAUAUGUUAAGCUAGUAAGUGAAAGUUUUUGAAUUACAUUUAAUCACAUUUUGCAUUGCUUCACAUUUAACUGGGCAUAUAUAAAAUUAUAUUGCCUAUUAGAUACAAAGUCCCCAUAUUUGUUGCUUCAGAGGAUAUCAAUAAAAUACACAAUGUGGCAUCUAACAUUAAUAACUUUAUACAUAUAAUUAAAAUGAUAAGUUAUAGGAGUAUGGACUUUGCGACAUUGUUUUCAAUGAUUCCAUGUAUAAGUGACCAUUAGAAAUACAGAGGUUAUUAGCAGAGCACUAUUGCUUUAAAUGGUUAAAGUACAUUUCAGUAUAGCCUUGACAUUCAUUAGUGUUAAAUCUUUACAUGAACUGGAAAGUGUUAAUCACAUGCUAGCAUAGAUUGUUUCAUUAACACUUGUAAUCAGAUGUGUGGAUACGAUAAUUAUUAACAUACACUACACAGAUCGAUGAUUAUUCAUCUGUUAAUUAAAUGCAUGUCUCUAAAACGUAAGUAAAAGAUGUAGAAACAAAUAGUAUGGGAAUUUCAUUGGGUUCGAAUAUGCGCACCCAGGCUUCAGUGCUGACAUUUGUCCAAGUAAUAAUACCCAUGUUUAUCCAGUGUUCACUGCAUUAUGUAAUGUCUCCUUGUAUAAUGGUCAUGUGGGGAAUGUACCAGCAUUACAUUAUAUUAAGGCACUAAAAGUUUGUCAAAUCAAACAAAUACGAAAACAAUAAAAAAUAUUAAUAAAAAAAUUAAAUAAUUUUAAAAAAAAGUUUGUCAACCAAAGUCUGUAGUUAAAAGCAAAGUUAUAACUAAACCUCGUUUAUAAUUUUCUUUGUAUUGCAACAAAAAUGGGACAAAGCAUCAUUUACUAAGCUAUGCAAAGACAAAGGGCUUUGUUCACUAAGAACAGAUUUGUAGUGCAUUGAAAACCGAAUCGUAAAAUGUAAGAUAAGGUAGUCGAGUUGUGACUGUAGCUGAGUUGAAGAAUUUUUCCAGAUCAGGUAUUUUUCCUAAAUUUUCCAGUUCAGGUUUUCACGUUCCUAGAAUUUGUUUAUUUAACCAAUAAUAGCCUGAAGUGAUUCUUAUAAUAGUUUUGUAUGGUUUUAGGGCACUGGACAUUCUCCAAGAUCUGAACCUGUCAUCGAGCCGAGGAAAUCAUUUUAGUGAAUUGGCAUACGACAAGCUACUAGAUAACAAUUUGUCUCUGAAGUACAGUCAGAAAGGAUGCUUGUCUUACAACAACCUCCUUACCAAUGGCUUUUAUGACCAUGGACGGGUAUGUUAAAAACAUAUACCAAUUCACAGGGAUAUUUUGGUGUCGUGUGAAUAAUCUUGUACUGGAAUAGUGUAUGCUAUCUCCCUGCAGAUCAAACCAGAAGCAAAGCUGCUGUCUCUAGAAGAACUAUGCAAACAGCCACUGAAUCAAAACCGAGCGAUUAUUAUAGUCAAUUCAAGAUGUCCUGAGCUGUAAGUAAUAUUUUUUAUUAAUGAAAAUAUCACCUUUAUUUACCAGUGUCCUGACGUCUCAUGCCUAACCAAUGAAUGUUACACAUUGAUCCUUGAAAUGUUUUUGAUUUUAUUUUCAAAUAUAGUUUAUUAAGAAACAUUUUUAAAAUGCAUAAAUUAAACCAUACAUAUUUUCAAUGAACGAACAACACAAUAUAUGUUUACUUAAACAAAAUAACAAUAUUUCACAAUAAAUAUAUCUUAUUAAAUACUAUUAUUUGAAUUUUGUUCCUUGUAUAAUGACCCAUAACCCUAAACAAUUGUAUAAUAAGCAGUAAUUAAAACAAAUGUUAAAUGCUAUAUCUAUAAAAAUAAAUAAAAGUUUGCAUUUAUGUAUAAAAAUAAUAAAAAAAACAACAACAAUAAAAGUGGGGUGUGGGGGGAAAUCCACCUUAAAUAGUUAGUUUUGAGCUUAAUUCUGUAUAACUUUCAUCUUGACUUUGGGUAGUAGAGCCAAGUAAAAUAAGUCCCAUAACUGCGGCAGAUUAACAUGAACAUUAACUUUCCACAUGAGAAAAACUUUUAAAGGAUAUAUUUCUUUUUAACAUCCUUUUCCCGUAUUUACCAUUAGUAAGUUAAGAUUGUCUUGCAACUUUUAUUCUCCGAAUAGAAUUGAGAACCUCUUUAAUUGGUGGAAUAACAGGUGAUCUCCAAUGUCUGGGGACAACUGUAGUGGCAGCAAUGAGAAAAUGUCCAAUAACGAUCUUAUCUAUUUUUUCAAGUGAACUUGUGAUUUUUUUUUUUUUUUAAACAAAAUGGUUUUUGUGUUUGCUAAAUCAUUCUUUUUUUUUUGUUUUAUUUAUUAUGUGUAAGAAUACAAGUAUUACAACAUGUUAGAAACGAAUGCAUUUAUAAUACAUUUUACAGCAAACAGAGCUUAUAUAUAACCUUGCAACUUAUAGUUUAAAUUUCCCAAACUACGAUUUUUUAAAAUUUUAGGUGCAUGACUUUUUGUAGAAUUAUAAAAUUUGCUUAACUGUUUACAUCUGUGGUAUUAGUGCAUUUGUGUACAAUACAUGUAAUACCUAUUUAGGGCAUUCAUCUUUAUAUUUAGUUUCUACUGGAAAAACAAAAAACAGGUUAAAUGUAAAAGAUUAUGGGUUAAAUAGCCAAACUGGGGUAAAUGGGAAAACAAACUGCAAAAUGUAGACACAAAUCUUUGAUUUGUUUGCAAACAAAUCUCUAGCUCUACUAUAGUCACAGCUCCUCUUCUCGCCACCCCCUCUGCCACACCCCCAUGGCUCUUUAACAAAUGUUUCAAAACAAAAUAUAGCAUAGCAUCAAAUAUAGACUAUAUACCAUGUGUGUCAGCUAAUCCAUACGAAUGCUGUUUGGUCCUUGUAUUUAUUUUGCAACAUGUUAUAGAAAUACACAUGAUGCUGCUGACAGAAUAUGUGACAAAGUAGGUAAUUCACAGACUUGUUACAGGCUGAUUAUGUAUCCCUAUACCAGAUUUCAUGUCACAUUGUCUAAACAAUAGGAAUAACAUAAUCAUGUCCGUGUUACAUUUUAUUUUACUUUGCUUUUGAUAUUCUAUUCCAUUUAUAUUUAUGAAUAUAUUUUUUUCUAAUAAUUAUAGUAUCAAAAUGCAAUAUAAUUAUAAUUUCAGAGCCUCUUCUGUAUCACCAACCCCUGAUGAAGAGAAGCGAGAAUCAUCUUCUGAUUUAUCACAAUCAUCUCGCAGCCUUAGUGCUUCUAAAGAAAAAGGAAGGUAUGAUCUGUUACUCAAUGUUCUCUUAUAAAUACUUUUUAUUCUGAGUUACAUAUCAUACUAACAUUAAUAAGAGUUUCACUGACGUUUACCUUGGAGUUUGGAAUAUUUGUGAAUUGAACAAAAAGGGUACAUUCUAAAUCAGGGGUUUCCAAAAGGUAUAUCCCCAGAUGUUGUAGAACUACAACUCCCAUGAUGCUUCGCAUUCCCUUAGAAUGCCUUUAGAAUGACAAGACAUCAUGGAAGCUGUAGUUUUAAAACAUCUGGGGAUCUACCGAUUGGGCACCCCUGUAUUAUUAUUAUUUUAUUUAUAUAGCGCCAGCAAAUUCCAUAGAGCUGUACUCUAAAUGUCUCUGUACUUUAUUAAAGAUAAAGAGAAAUGUUUAUAUUGUUUGUAUUCAGCACUCUUUUAGCAUUUCACUGUUAAAGUAACUAAUAGUCAUUUUGUAAAGGUCCUGUCGCCAUGAAGAAAGUCAUACAGAUUAUGUGAUACUAAAAUAAUAUAGGGCAGUGAUUAGCCUGUGGCCCUUCAGCUGUGGUUUAUUACAUGUCUGCUGAUGCUCAGCUAUAAUUUAACUCGUAUAGGGUAUUGUUUCUGCAUGUGGGGGUUUUACAAGUUGGAAGAAACAGUAAGCCCUGUGUUCACAAAACAUUGUGCACAUCUAAAUGUUUGUACAGGUUUUUUUAUUAUCCCAUCCCUAAAAAAAUUAUGAAUCUACAACCAUAAUGCAGUCCAGUAAUCACUAAUGCAGCUUUAGUUCGGUUCUAAAAUGAAAUACACAGUUUAUAUCAAUGAUAUUAUUUUUUGCGUCUUCACCAUACCAUAGCCAGAAAGUUUCUUUCCUCCUUACGUUAGCCAUGGGCACAGGGAGAAAGGUUUUUAACCUGUUAGUAAGACAGACAUGGUAAAUGAUGCAAAAAGUAAGGCCUUAUUCAUAAAGUGUGUAGAGAUUUAGAAGAUUUAGUUGAACCAUCCUAGGAGUAGGACUGAAUACAUCAGUGCCAUCAACAAUAGUGCCAUCAACAUCACGUACCGUUUUUCUAGCUCAAACUCUGCAUGUAUCUGGGUUUGCUCAAUAUAUCUGCUUGCAGUGAAUAAGGAUUGGAUUAUUCUGUGUCAUUACCAGGGCCACUACUUCAUCUCCUGUAGAAGAAAAGCCUGUUUCUGCUGGACGAUCUCCUUUACUCAGUAGAGGUGGUUCUAAGGAUAAGCCUCCAAGGUAUUUAUUUUGUAUAACACAGAAAGGUGCAUUCAAACGCUUUUUUUGGGCUAACAUAUUUGUUUCUUUUAAAAAUAUAGCCCACAAAAUCUGAAAGUCAUUUAAUUCUUCAACCCCCAUAUAUACUUCUUCAGAAAUUAUUCACUGGUUGUGUGAUCUACUUUACUUAAUGGUACAUUUGUCAUUUUCAUUAGCAAAUCUAACGUGCAAAUUUUAUAAGACGGACACUCCAGUUGUUGUUAGGAAUAGUUAGGGUAAGAGUUAUUUAAUUCUAUGUUUUAAGACUAGAUUUGAACGCUUUAGCCCUACAAAAGUCUUUAUAGGUGGAAAUAAAGGCAUUAUGUCCAGGCUCAUCAGUGCCUUGGCCUAAUCUAUCAUAUUUAAAGAAAAAGAAUGAAUAAAGCACAUGUGAAAACCUAAGUGGUAAGUAGAUAUUGUUUCUCUUCGCCUGUAAAAAUAGACUGCUCUCAGUCCUCCUAAAUUCCAGCACUCCAGACUGUAAGUAUCUGAAGCAUCUGAAUAUUAAAUUAGUUCAAUAUGUGUCUCACUGAACACAAUUCUAUUUAUUUAGGUUUUUUGGCAUUAAAGAUCACUCCAACUUUUAACUCUCCAGCUGUUGUCACACUACAAUUCUGAUCAUCCCCAUUCGCCAAGCAGGCUGUUGAAUAUGGCUGGCAAUCACAGUCCUCAAACAAACAGCUGGAGAGCAGUGAGCUGACCACCCUUACACAAAAGCAUGUGUAUAUAGCCCAGGCAGAUGUUUUUGCUUUCGCUAAUUAAUCGAAAACAUGCGCGGCUUAAAAUUAUGUACAGUUUUAUAGAGGAUUCAGAAAUCCUUUGCUGAAAGACAUAUGUGCCAUGGGAUGUGUCAGACAAUUUUUUUUGUUCAUGAGUUAACGAAUAUCUAAAUCGAAGCAGAUGUGCUUUGUAGCAAGAAGGCUCAAUGUGAUGAAUUUCAGGGUAACAUAUUAGCUUUUACGAUUCAUGGAGUCCAGCUCAAUUGAAAAAUUUAAGUUUAUAAAAAAAAAAAAAAAAAGAAAACCUUUAUUUCUUUUCAAUAUUUUUUAUUGUGAAAAUAGAAACUUGCUUUUGCCUCUUAGAUGACUACAAAAUAUAAAUCUAUUACAAUAUGAAAAUAUCUAAACCUUACGUUUCAUUAUUACAUUGAUGUAAAAAGUAUCACCAAAUACAUUUCUGUAUUGUAUUGUACAAUAAUUGGCGUACGUCCUCAGACGCUAAAUCAUAUUGCUGAGGAUAAUGUUUAAUACAAGAAACUCUUUCAAACGCUGAGACUUUUUUUCCCAACCUCGGGUCAUGUGGUUAGUUUCCCUUCAGGUCUGUCAGUGCGACAUUAAUCUAUCUGUCCAACUCUGUGAGAUUUAUAACUUUGAACCUUUGUUAUAUUCAGUUUUUAUUGAAAGAGAAACAUCCCUUGUGUGUUUUUAUGUCUUCCUAUACAAAUGGCAUUUUUGUAUGUCACGUUAAAUUGCAGUAGCAAGUUUUUUAAUCCAACUGAAUGACAGAGGGCAAGUAUCAUAUUUCAGAAUCCAUAACAUAUACUAUUUAGUAUUUAUUACUAACAUGAUGAAUGUAAGUGCUGUCUUAAAUUGCCAUAUAGUUCUGCUAUUGAUCCCUAAACAAAAAAAUAUUUACAGGUCUACUCAAGAUGGCUGCUUCAAGUUUGUUCUUGCUCGUAAUAUUCACUAAGAGUCAAGUACAGAUUACUAACUUUGGUAGUCUUGAAACUACCUAAGAGCAACCUUGAUGCUGAUUGUUUCUUAAAUUGUGCCACCUAACAGCUGACUUGAAGCAGUGCCAUCUUAACAGCAUUAUGGGCCCCCGGGCAAAGCAGUGCACUGGGGCCCUGCCUACACAAAAACUCACGGGAAUAAAAAUUUAAAUUAUCAAUAAAAUUAAGCUUAUAUUUAUUGGUACCUUCAACAAAUGCAAUCCAUACAUACACACAGACUGCUGAAUACUCGCACACACCGACUGCUGAAUACUCGCGCACGCCGACUGCUGAAUACUCGCGCACAUCGACUGCUGAAUACUCGCGCACACCUACUGCUAAAUACUCGCGCACACCGACUGCUGAAUACUCGCACACACCGACUGCUGAAUACUCGCGCACACCGACUGCUGAAUACUCGCACACACCGACUACUGAAUACUCGCGCACACCGACUGCUGAAUACCCACGCACACCGACUGCUGAAUACAUGCACACACCGACUGCUGAAUACUCGCGCACACCGACUGCUAAAUACUCGCGCACACCGACUGCUGAAUACUCGCACACACCGACUGCUGAAUACAUGCACACACCGACUGCUGAAUACAUGCACACACCGACUGCUGAAUACAUGUAUGUGUGUGAGGGGUGCAGUAUGUGUGUGAGCGGUGCUGUGUGUGUGUGCAUGUGUGUGCAUGUGUGAGGGGUGCUGUGUGUGUAAGGGGUGCAGUGUGAGUGGUGUUGUGUGUGUGUGAGGGGUGCUGUUUGUGAAGGAUGCUGUGUGUGUGUGAGGGUGCUUUGAAUAAGGGGUGUUGUGUGUGUGUUGCAGAAUGUGAGGGGUGCAGGGAGCAAAUGGGUUUUUGUUGUUUUUUUUUUUUUUAUCAUUUAAAAAAAUAUUAAUGAUAAAUAAGGAUUAAUUUAUGUCCCCCCCCCCCUUCUUCUUACCUUUGGUGAAGGAGGGGAACACACAGCCAGUGUGGUCCGGUUGUGAAUUCUGUACAGCCUGCAGCUCCUCUGGCUGCUGGCAGUCUCUUGUCCUCCCGUGUGCAGAAUGCUGCGUGGAGCAUUGUCAUGGCAACACUCAACACAGCCUUCACGCGCGAGGAGCACUCUUCCUUCCAGGUCCCUCCUUCUGACUCCGGGUACUCCCGCCGUCUCUCCUUUCUUUCGAAGGGCUUUUGGGCUGGUGAGGGAUAUCUUUGAUCAGCGGGCCCAGUGGAACAAAACAGGGCCGGCUCUCUAUUGGCCGGCAGGGGAGAUCAAAGGAUUGUGGGGCCCCUGGGCAACUGCCCAGCGUGCCCAUGAGGAAAGUCGGCCCUGACUUGAAGAAGUCCUCUGUGUCAGAACAGCGUAAUGCCUUAACAUGCAGAGCUAAUGUCAAGCCUGACUAAGGCAGGAUAAUGAAUGGACAGUAGCAUGUCACUGCUCCUUAUGGAUGGCUCUGCUUACCACUAUAAUAGCAAAGGCAUACCAGCUUGAAAUAGCAAAGGUUAUUAAGAGAAGAAAGCAAAGCUUCCUCCAAGGAAACAAGAAGAAGAGAAUAAUCAAGGAAAGCAGAGGUCAAGUGUAACAAAAGGAGAAUAAGUAAGGACUAGUUGAGGUCAGAUACCAGAGAAUCAGAAGUGUAACAUGCUCUCAGAUAACCAACUGGAAACCAUGACAGGACAAGAGCUUAAAGUGGCAGUCACGUCGAAUUUACCUUUCUCCUAUUGUUUCCUCUUCUCUUCCUCUCUCAGAAUCUGUUCUUCUUUUCUUCAUUUUUUCUUUAAAACACAAGACAAAGUAGGGACUACUUUGUCUUUGUACUACGUCUUUUUCUCUUACACAAGGAGCUUAAGUCAGCUCCAUUUUCUUUGUCAAGGAGGAUGGUAAGUACUUUCAGUGCAAAAAACUGAGCAUCUGAAUUGACAUUUUCAGAGAGAGAGCCAUAAAAUAAUGUAGGAUUGUAACAUCCAGACUCAGAUAUGAUUCCAGAAUGAAAUAUCAUGAGUUAGGCAAAGUGACAACCCAGCACAUUCUCUCUCAGUAACCAUAUAGUUGGCAUCAAGAGUACUUAUCAUUAAAGAACAAUCAAAAAGCAGUCUGAAGGGAGAAGAGCAAUAUGUCAUAAAUUAAUAAAAUUACCAGGUGUCCCUGGGUACCACUUAUUUGGGAUAGAAGAAAAAUAACCUCCCAACUUCCCCUUUUGCUUUGAAUUGAAACCUAAGAGGCUCAUAAAGCAUAGUACUAUUGGAUAGCAGCAAGAGCCAGAAAAAGAGGUAUCACUCAGAGAAUAUUAUUUUAAAAUAUUUCUGGAACAUCAAGCCAUACACAAGUUACUCUUUGUCUUAAAUUAUAAUGAUAACCAUGCAACCAUCAUUUUAAAUACAAUUAUGGUGAGUGUAUAUUAUCAAAAAUAACCUCACAGUGAAGGUGCCUGUAAAUUAAUCCUGGCAUUUUCAUAGAUUAAUCAAGUAAGAAAACAAAUAUUACUCCUAUUGUUUGGUUACUACAUAAUUAGUUUGUCAAAACAGUUUUGCUGCACAGCAAACAUAGCUGUCAGUUCCACUAACUGUCUGACAAAGGCCAAUGCUGGAUUCUCAUCAUGUCUUAUUGCAUCUGCCCAAGACUAUGUAAAGAUCGUUUUUUUUUCGUGGUUUGUUUUUUUAUUAAGUCUUGCAACACCUAGUUUGCAUAUUAGGGUUUAUUUUCUAAACAAUAUUCAUUCUGUACUGUAUAGUUUUAAAAAUAAGGGAAAUUGACAAUUAUAGUGGCUUUAUUUAAUCUUAGAGAAGGAUUUGGUGAUGUACCAUAUUGUAGUGUAAAAAAUAUUUUAGCAGGAACUACCAUAAUUGAGAUUUUUUGCUAAUUGAAGUUAACUAAAGGUUGUGCUUUUUCAUGAUUUUUUAUUUAUUUUUUACUAGUUUUUAAAUUUUUAAAUAUUAUUUUUAUGCAACGUGAAACUCUGUAUUUCAGCCGGGGAAGAGUCAAGGGGAAGAAGGAAGAAGAGAAGCCAAGGGAAGAAGAUGAAGUAAAAGUCCCAGAACCUGUUGUCAUGAAGCAAGAGUGGUCCCCACCAUAUGAUCAAAAGUUAAGCGACUACAUCAUGGAAGCUUCAAAAACAAUUCUUCCUCUUGCUUCUGUCAAAGAGAGAGUUGUGGCUUUGGCUCAGUACGUAAUAAUAUUUGACAUUUCUAAGGCUUGCGAGAAAUUGACUAUACUGUAAAUUGUGUCAAAUAGUCUGCAAAUCAAUAAGGCUACAUUUUCUAUGUUGGGAUAGGGAGAUACCAUUGGCAAAGCUUAAUAUAGUUUUACUAAGGAACUUUAUUUUACUUUUACCUGCAGAAUGGACAUUCCUGAUAUGUGGUUAAAACUAAGUAAAGCAGGGAGAAGAGCUAUUCAUUCCCUCUCCCACACCUAGAGACAAAAACGUUUAAACCCAAAUUAUAGAAAUAAGUUGACAAUAACUGGUUCAAUCCUUGAGAGUUUUCUUGGGUACUAAUAGUCCUUUUUCUUUUUUUUUUUUUAUAAUUCUUUAUUUUUGUUGUGCAGUAGAUAAACAGUUUGGCAUUCAAGACAUUAAUUGGUAACUAAGUAGAUGGGUAAUUUAUAUAACAACAUAACAAUGACGAGGUGUCUGCACUUUUUAUGUAGCUAAUAGUCUUUUUUUGAUAGGAAAUAUAAGCAUUAUAACCAUUUCAUUGCAUUGCAUAGUCUAUAGUGCAUCGAUUCCCCUAGUUCUCUGGCCAUCCAUUCAGUGUUAAGCCAUUUUUUCGAGCAGUUUUACACUAAAGGCCUCCCACAGCUCACAGGAUGUAUGGCUAAGGCAGCGAUUGCACACUUCCUUCUAGCAAUACUGAGUCAUCCCAGCAAUGGGUGCUGUGGUAGGCUGAAAGUGAUUCAGCUGAAACUCUCAACCAAUCAUAGCUCAUUAUUGCUGCUUAGGCUAACACUUUUUCAUGAUUAUAGCAAAGCAAUAUUUUAAUCUGAGCACCUUCCUUUCUUGUUUAGGGUUACCUACCCCUGAACUAGUCUUUAGGCAAAGUCUGGAACCUAUACCGGCAUCUCUGUAUUUAGUACUUGACAUAGUUGUAGCUAAGGGAAUAUCAGAAUCCAGGCACAGCUGUGUAAAGUGUCAUGUUCUAGAUUCAUCUAGUAAGGUCAGCGGUUAUACCAGUAUGUUUGUACAGUUGAUUUAAAGAUUCAACUUUAGUGGGACAGGCAAAAUGCAGCCAGAGAGGCAGUCUUUGGUUGAAGAAAGUACUCUGUGCCUCCAAUACAAAUCUGGCAUUGUAGGGCAAUGAGGCCGUGUCUAACCAUUUUGGAAGAAAACAUUCAAGCUAUUUUGGUCUAAAAUGUGCAAUCCCUUAAUUCUUAACAAAUCCCCAGUUUGGUGUGUAAAUACAGGAUUCACCAGGGAAUAGCACGGUUUAGACUAAAAUACCUGAAUUGUAAAAAUUAUCCUAGUCAAAUACGUUUUCAGCUUUCAGAUUUGAUUUUUUGGUAUAAAAUUUUGAAUUGAGUGAAUCCCAGGCAAUUCUUGGUUUAUGUUAUAAAACAUGUCGAUGUGUUGCUUUGCCUUUUACAUUUUUGCUGUUUUGUAAAACAUUAGAAAGAUACACAUGGAUGCUCUCUUACAACCAGUUUUAAGUUAAAUUGUGUACUCAUUUCUGAAUGACAAAAUGGAAAAUUGCAGUAUUUUUAGUCAAAUGAACUAUACAAUUGGUGCUAUCUAAGAACUAAAUCUCUUAAUUCUGUAGGUUAAGCAUCAGCAUAUUUUAGGAUUAACCGGCUCUUCACAUUUGAUCCUAACAGUGUGCGUCUAAAUAUCCUUUGACUCUAAACUACAUAAUCAUUAUAUUUGCUUAAUUUCGGCAGUCUUUAAACUAAAAUUGAUUUCAUCUUAAGCUUUUAUGUAGGCUUUUAAUCUUACAUAAAAUGCAGUUCAACAGACAAGAUGCUCAAAUGACUGACUGCAUACAUUACCAUUUUAAUUCCUUUAAUGAUCUGAACAUAAUUGCAGCAAUCACUCAAUGGCAGUUUGUAAAAUGCUACUUUUGUUUUUCAAUGAUACGUGUAAAAAAAAAUAGAAAUGUAUAAUAAAAAUGUGAAAUUGAUGGAUCUGCUUACAUUUUAUAAAGGUUUGUUGCCGAGAAGAUGGGGGGUCUUAUUGACAAAUAUCGGCUGCAUGAAUUCAACUGGGAACUGCAUAUGAGUGAUCUUAAAAUUCAGACGCAGAGCAAUGUUAUACAAAUUGGCAAAAUUAAAAAAGGGACCUUCUAUCAUCGAGCAUUGCUCUUUAAGGUAUGUACUAGUUAUACAGAUAGCUAUGUAAAAGCUUUUUAUAUAUUUUAUUUUAUGUUUUUAAAUUCUAGACUGGUUGAAACUAGAAACUAUUUUUGAAAAUAAAGCAUAACAACAAAUCUACUUUGGUACUAUUUAGUAAAGAAAUGUAACAUUGACCAGGUAACUGCAUGUUUGCAAUGUAUGUGGCUAUUUUGGUCUAAAUGUAAUAGAUAAAUAGUGGUCUAUCUGUUUAGCAUACCAGCAAAACAAAAAAAUAAUUUAAUAAGCAGAUAAAAUAAAUAAUGCAAACAAACUAAAUAGAGAAUUUAUUUUAACCAAAGCUUUGUGAAGACCCCCUGAUUUUUUCCCCUAAUGAACACCAAAAUUCAAUGAAUAAAAAAAAUCUAUAUUAGUAUUUUAUUUUUAAGUUGUACUUUUACAUGUACAACCUCAACUGAUGUCACGGUGACAGUGAAUAAUAGUGCACUGUUUUUAGACUUGAGAAAACCAGAAGAUAUGAGGUUAUUCAAGACCGGAUUUUUUUCCACAUGGACAAAAUCCAGUAAAAAUUACCAAAUUUCCACCACAAUAGUAAUUCUCGUAUUUAUUAAAGCCAGUUCUGGUCAGUACUCGCCCUGAUGCAUUUGGUAUCUGUAUUAAAAUUGUUGCUUUGGCAUUAAAUCCCUUAUAAAGUAUACAGUUUGGAAUAUUCACAAAAUUUAGAACUGAAUUAAUCCAGUAGGACGCACGUUCACAAAUUAAAAUUUUAAUGAGACACUGUAGUCACCAGAACAACUACUGAUUAAUGGAGGUACUCUGGUGUGUAUAGGCUGUCCCUUUUCAGAGAAAAGGCUGUGUUUACAUUACUGUCUAGGGACAUCUCUAGUGGCAGUCACAUAGACUGAUGUUCAGCGUUUCCACACUUUGCAUGGAUGUGCUGGAUGCUCCCCAUAGAGAUGCAUUGAUCCAAUGCAUCUCUAUGAAGAGAUGCUGAUUGGAGCAGUGCGGCGUCUUGCAGCAUGUGCACAUUAGUCCCACAGUGCCUUUCCUUUCCUUUGGGAAAGCACUAGAUUGGCUGUGAUAAUCAAUUCUGAUGAUAUCAGCCCAGUAGGUGGAGCAGGGAUGGAGCCAGUGCUGGCAGACCCACAUGGCGCUGGAGUAAAGGUAAGUUUAAUACCUUUUUCAAGGGGGCCAGCCACCAAAGCUGUGUUGUUAACAAUAUACAAACGUGUAUUGCUGACCCUAUAGUGUUCCUUUAAGUACUAUUUGCCACCUGGCAGCACUAACAAGCAGGCAAAUAGUGAAAACCCCUCAGCAAUGAGAGGGUUAAUUAAGUAAUGAAAAGGUUUUCUGAGUUAAAUUGAAUGUUGAUGCAUUUUUACAAAUCUGGAAUAAAAGUUGUUUUAUAGUUUUUUUCCCCCCAAAGUCCUAAGAGUGCUAUCAUUUUGUUUUGUAUAUCCUUUUUGAUUAACCAGCACCAUGCACUAGCAUUUUGAUCCUAGAGGUUUUUAGUUAUUAUUUACUUAUAUUAUAUAAAUAUAUUGUGUGUGUAUAUGUAAAACAUGCAGUAUGUAUGUAAAUACACACAUCCAUGUACAUCGACCAGACUAUAUCAGGGUAAUUUUUUAUUUAUUUUUUACUUGACUAUUAAUAUUCUUCAUUAACAGCCAGGUGGUUUCAUAUUAUUAAUAUAUUUUAUUGCAAUUUCAAUCCUCUCUCACACCUGGAGUGCAAUUAACUAUAUAGAGUGAAGUAUAUUUAUUCAGCUAUGUCACACAUGCACCUGUAGCAUAUAAUUGGUUAAGAUAAUGAUCACAUUCAAAUAAUGACAUAGUUCUAAACUUUUUACUUAAACAUAAACUUUUUGAAUAAUUAUUUAUUUCUAAUUCAUAUGUAACACAAAAUGUGUUUGUUUUGCACCAACAAUGCUUUUCCUAUUACUGGCAACACAAAAUAAUAGGGGUUUAUCUUUAUAGAUGUUGGAACUAAGAAGUGAUUAUGUUCUGGUAGAAAUCAAUAAUAAGUAGAUGUAACCAUUUAGGAAAAGUUCUCUAGGGCCAAUUAUUUUAUAUAAAGGCACACUAUAAGCACACAGACCAUUUCAUCUCAUUCAACUGGCAUGGGUGAAAUGCAGUGCAGUGAUUACAUUGCAGGAUUAACUCCACCUCUAGUGAUUGUCUUCCAGACAGCCACAGAGGCGCUUUCUGGUCCUUAACAGAGUUCUACUUCACUAAAGGAUGUUAGACGUCCUCAUGCAAAUCGCGAGAACGUCCAACAUCUUCUAUGUUACCCAUAGAAAAGCAAUGAUUUAAUGCGCGUGGCACUCACCAAACAUGCACAUUAGGUCCCACAUUGAUGUUGUGGGAGGAGGAGACCUAGCCAGCGCCGAGAGAGCCUCAGCGCUGGAAAAAAGGUAAGUAAAAUCAGAUUUUUGAUCCAUUUUAGGCAGAGGUGGGGGACCUAGAAAGGUAGGGAUUGAGAUACUAUAGCAUUGGGAAUACGGGUUUCUUUUCCAAACACUAUAGUGUUCCUUUAUUAGAAAUCCUUGGCACAUCUGAUGGUUAAGACCAUUGCAAAGUGCACAAUUUCACAAGCAGUUUAACUCAGAAUCAAUGGUAGUGCAUCCUACACUCAUUAGCAUUAUCCAACUUGACGUCAUGGAAGUGUCCACUAGAUCAAAACAGGUUUUAAAUAUCCUUUGAUUUCACAUCUGUGUAGAAGUCAUAUGUAUUUGAGUUCCACAUGAUUUACACCUAAUUCCAAAUAAUAACAAUUUUAGGAUCCUAACUCAAACCUUAACGCUCAGUAUUUGCUUACUUUCUUAGGUAAUCGCAGAUCGAAUUGGCAUUGGUUGUUGUCUUAUCCGUGGAGAUUACGGCCGGGCUUGGAAUGAAGUAAGGUUACUUGAUGCACCUCACCAAGAAGGAACUCGAAUGAGUUCGCCGACUACAUACAUUGUUGACCUAAUGUUUAAUCCAGGCUCUUUACUGAAGGACAACAGUGCAGAAGCUGACCGGUAUAAAUACAUUUAAUAAAAAUGUCUCAGUAGACUUGAAUAAAAUCGCACUAAUUUAAACAUUAUUUAAAUCAUAUUUGUGUUAUUUCUCCUUUCUAUAUCAUAAACCGUCAAAUAAAC